GCACGCUGUUGCCACGCUGGGGGCCGCUGCGGAGAAAAGGCUCUUCCACCCUCGGACACUCACAGACAGACAGGCUGUGUAGUCGCUCACCGAUAGUGACCAGCGUCAGAGACAGCUGGUGACACACCCGCCCAGCAGCUCCACAACAAACCCACUCUGAGACUCGUUGACAGGCUCCCGAGUCACGAAGUAGUUUGCUGUGGGAACUUUCUAACUAGAGGAGCUUAUGGCUGAGAGUGAGGACAUCUUUCUCAGGGCUAAACACCGGACAUUCAGCGGACUGACUGAAGGUAGCAGACUGUCGGCGGUUGGUUUUAGACCCACCCGUUAGCACGCUCACAGGCUAACAUGUUAGCUAACGCCGCCUCUAAGCUCAGUCAUUGCAAAGUUGUUGCUGUGGUCAGGCUAAUAGUCUAACACUGCCAGCUCGGUCCAUUGACAGACAGCGUGUGUGUAGCUUUGUCUGGGUAACCGGGUCGCUUCUGUCAGUGUAGCAUGGUUAGCCUGAUAGCGUGUGUUUACAGAGUGAAUGACAUCAGUAACGUUGGGAUAUUGUCGCGCUUCAUUAGCGUUAAUACGGUUAAACUACAGUAGUCCAUUAUUGCUGUGUUAAAGAGCCACAGCCAUCUGCUAUGUGGUGAGAGUUACUUGUACUUAAAUCAUUAAAAUUACCCUUUUUAGUAAAACUUUGCUGUUCAUAUUGGUUCACUUCUGUAAAACUUGAGGUGGGAGGAGCGUGUGGUGAAGAACCAUAAACCACAUUUUUGCAUUUUGAGGUCGCUUUAAAGUAAAGUGUGGUGUUUUUCUACGUGGCUGUCCUUGUUAAGAAAGCGUAACUUCAGUAUCUCUUAGCGUGCUUUAAAGUGUAUAUUUUAUCCCCAUGGUUAUGACGGUGGAUCAAACGUAACAACACAAACACGCUCAGUCAUGUGUAGGGGAGAGUGGGGUAAGUUGAGCCACCCCCUGUUGUUUGGAAAUGGUAAAAGAAAUUGAUCAUGUGAUUCCGCCUCACUGUAGGGAAGUAGCUUCUAUUUGUGUAACUCAACAGAAGACAUUUGAAUAUUCAGCAUCAGGUUAUUUGUUGCAAAAGCUAGCCCCAUCAUGCUUUAAUCUCAGAAGAUGAUUAAUUUCUUUCGGUGCGAACAAUGUGCCACCUGAGAAAUCUGUGUGUGAGGAGUGUUUGAAGUUAGUUUGGACCAGAGGAGCCACAUAAGGCUGCCGCCUCUUAUCUCCUGUCAAGGGAGCUCUGCAACCCUCUGCAAGUCCUUGUGUUAUUUUUCAGCCUUUUUUUCAUUUGUCAGGAAAAUAGUGCACACAUCUGGCUUCAGAGAGAGAGAGACUUUUUACUACAAAAGUUUAUGCACAGUAACAAAAGGCUUUCAGGAUUUAUGCGAAUGCACCGUAGAGUUUUAUUCAAUCUUUAUUGAUUGUUUCUGUUGCUAGAAGCACCACAAAGAGUAUAUAGAACUGACAUGCAUGAGAGUGUACAUGCACAUUAACAUGUAUGUGCACUCUUAUACCUGAGUGAUUUAAAAGCACUCCUUUGCAAAGCAGAAGAGGUCAACACACUUCAGCAGCAAAUCCAUACAUGCUUGCUAAGGUACAGUAUAUAUUACUGUAAGGGAUGACUCAAUGCAAACUCUCGUACUGUGAAACUGAGUUCAGGGGUGAUUCCACUGAGCUGCAGGGAUCAUAAGCAAAUAAAUUUUUGAUCAGUGUGCAAAAUAUCUGUAGUCCACAGUGAUCUGAUACCAGUUUGGUCUUCUUCAUACAGGUUUGGUACCCUCAUGAUGAGCAUUUGUGUCUUAAUAAGUGAGUAUCAUUAACUAUCUAGGGAUAACCAUAUAACUCAGGGAUUUGAUUCUUCAAGAUGUAAAUGGAAUAUCAGGUUUCUGUAACCUGGUGAGGAGAUCCAGAACAUUUAAACUGAAAGGAGUGAGGGAAAAAAGCUAUUUAGGCAAAUGUGCAGAAUAUGAGGACACCUACGAGCUAAAAUCGGAUUAUUUUGAAGUAUAAAUGCUAAUACUUGUGUUGAGCUUGAAUCUAGCCUGUUUUAAUUUGACAGCAGAGUACCUUGUUAUCUCUAUGUGUUUAUUUACAGGCUGUGCAUGAACUUCAAAGUACAUUGCAAUGUUAGCCACUGGCUAAAGAAACGGCAAAUGGAGCUGCGCUCAUUAUAUGACACGCUCAUAAUCCGACUUUUAUUAGCGCUUUGUUUCCAUGUGCCUCUAUAAUGAAGGCUGUAACCAAAUUUGGUGUCAGUGAGGUCUUGGUAGCUUUUUUCCAGACUUCAUAAAUCAGAUCACUGUAACUGUAUUAACGGGAUGUACUCAGUUUCUGUGGUCAAAGUGAUCCACUUCAGUAUUCUACCUCUCUGGGCUACUAUGGUUAUAACAUGGUCUGUCUGUCACUGAAACCCUAUUGUUGAUCUGAGUUAACCAUAAUGAAGAUUUUGUUUCAAGAGCAAAAAUCCACUUCAUCAAUGGAUAGUCUGUGCUGUAUUAUAACGUGUUGAACAGAAAUUCAUCACAUUCUGGAUUAUGUUGUAGUUUAUGCCUCUAAUUUCAUUUCUUGUUUAAAUUUUCUGAUUUUUCUUUCCAGAAAAUGUUCAGGAGCUCUGUCUUUAGAAUCAGAUUGUUGACUUUUGACUGUCACAACACAAAGCUUAUCUUGGAUGUUUUGAAUCAUCCUGGUACAGGUCAAUGUCCCUGGUGUAACCCUAGUCAUCUGAUUUCAAUAGCUCUUGCAUUAACACGUAUGACCCACCUAGAAGUUCUCUAGAAUCUUUCAGGAGUUCUGUGCAAUAAUACAGCUUAUCAACAUUGCCUUAUCUGAGGGAUGUACUACAAAGGAAGAACAGAGGGUAACCUGGGUCUAUUGAGCAUUUUUCUGCAUCACAAAUCAAAUUUUCUUCUCACAAAAUACUCUUAACCAUAGACUGUAUAUACUAUGGACAACUUUGUUCCACCUCCCAUCAGUGUACAGAUUUGAAGCCGAACAGUUUUCUUCAUUUCCUGAAACAAGCACUGCGCAGUAGCGUAACGUAAAACUACCAUUUAUUUCUUAUGAUACUAUAUUACCUGCGGAUGUCUACUGCAGAUAGUAUAGCACAUCAGCUGAUGUGGUGAAAGAAUUUUUGAAACUAUAAAGACAAUUUGAUAACAACAAAGGAAGACAUCCAGUACUGUAUACAUCACAUCACCUGAGCCUGCCUAUAAGAAUUUAAUUCCCUAAGUCAUGAAUAUUACAUACUCCCACUGUCUCUUCCCUCUUGUUUACUCACUUGCUUUAAGUAUGAACUACAUAAGAUCAAACCUUUAUGUUUGGUCUUUAAAUUCCUGUGUGGCGACACAGCUGAUUUUCAGCUAACCUCAAAUAAACCACAGUAUGUCUUUUUCAUUUUUAGUUUUCUUAGGAGAAAAAGAAAAAUCAAUAAAAACCUUUUAAUAGAGUUGUUUUUAAAGAUAUUGCCCAGCCUUACAUUGACUAACCAGGUUUGUCCUUAGUUUUUCUGCAUUCUUUCAUGAGAUGGUUGGUAUCCAUCAAGCAUAACUGCAGAUUAUGUCAAUGCUGCUGAAAUCAUGUGUAUCAUUGUCCAAGUUCAGAGCUGUGUCAAGUUGCAAAAUAGACGCUUGUAUCUGGCGUGUAAUGUGAUAAAAUCAAUCAAUGAGUUUAUGAAGCGUCACAGUAUUUUUCUGCAGGAUUCUUUUCUUUCUGUAAUUGCAGCAGCAGCAGUAGGGCUGAUUUUUAUUGCUCUAACUUCUGUAUUCAGACUGGACACCCCUGUUUAAGUGAGCACACACACAGCCUGGAGCAGAAAUCCUGAGCUUUCAAUAAUGUUCAUAGAUUUUUUUUUUGUAGUUGACCAAUACCUACAACUGCAUCAGAGGUAUUUAAUAUACUGGUAUUGGUCAGCUUCAGGAAGCAAUCAGCAAGAAACUUCACUUGGUAACUUGUUAAAGCGGCUGUUUGAGUGAAAACUUUCCUCUGCCGUCCGUCUUCACUCUGAAGCUGUAAAUAGAGAUCAGUGUUAGGUUGGUUUGAAGUAAAAGCUCUCAAAAGUAAUUUGAUUGAAGUAACGAUGAUGACCAUAAUUAUAACAGUAGAAUGCAUGUCCUCCUGCGGUUUCUACAGUGUCAAUUACAGUGAUGGGGUCAUUGUUAAGCUUUGACUCAUCUGGUUCCCAGGAGCAACAGCACUCUCUUUCUGGUUCUUUUUUUUCUUCUUUUUCUCCGGUGCAGAGAAUUACAGUGAAUUCUUCUGGGAGCAAGAUAGCAUGGAUAGCAUGUUAAUCACAAAGGAUUCUGAGAAGCGAGCUGCCCCGGUUCAGAGUACGAGAGGGAUUUGUGCAGAUGCAGAUUUUCCACAGCAACAGCGAUGCAGGAAUAAACUAGGGAUGCAGAAUGUGAAUAUUUUCAGCUGAUGCCAACAACUGACACUUGUUUACUAAUUCUAACUGGAAUCAUACAGGGAUGGUAGGAAUGUGUCUGCAAAUAAUAAUCAUUAUAAUUUUACAUAUAACACCUUUGAAAAGCAAGUUAUGAAGUGAAGGAAGCAGUUAACGGACGGAGUUAUAAAGAGGAAUAGAACAACGAAAAGGUUACUGAAAAAAACAAGUUAAGGUUACAGAUCAGUAGAGGUGGAUAAAAAAAUCAAUUCAGCAUAGUAUUGCGCUAUUUUUUCCGGUGAUAUAUCGUAUCGUCUCAUUUACCAAGUAUUGAUUUUUCAGAUGAAUUGCUAAUAUGAAGUCAAAUCUAUGAUAAUGGAAAAAUAAAAUCAGCUGGUUGUCCGGUGAGGUGACAUCAUAGAGCAGAAGAAAGUUAGUACAACAAAUAUAUAUAAGGUUUGCAAGACGUGCUAUAUGAAAAUAAAAUACAGCAUGAAUAAGACAAACAUAAAUGAAAGACAAAUGCUAAAUUACCUAAGCAGUUGAAAAAAAAUGCAUAAAUUGCAAUACUAUAUUGCAAAAUGUUAAAAAUCGCAAUAAUAUCAUAUCUUGGCCCAAGAAUCGUUAUAAUAUCGUAUCGUGGGGCCACUAGUGAUUCCCACCCCUACAGAUCAGUAAGAUCUGUUAGUUCAAUGAGAAUUACAGGCUACAGACACACAUAACAAAGUCAGUUAUCAAGAGAAAGCCAAACAAUAGAGAAGAGAUAUAUACUAAGACAACACUAAGUUUGCCCAUCUUACAUCCUCAGGUAGAAAGUUCCACCGCAGCUUUGAAGCACAAACUGCAAAUACUUGGUCACCUCUAGUCAAGAUUUAAGAUUCAAGGGGAAGGGCCCUGUUAGGAGAUAAAGCUCACAGGUAUAGGCUGGAGCCAUUAAAGUCUUAAAAAACAAGCAGGGAAAUCUUCAAAUCUGUUCUGAAUCUCAAAGGUAGCUGUUAAGGACGGGUGUUAUGUGGUUGCUUCUCCUGCUCAGUGUUGAAAGUCAGGCAGCUGUAUUUUGAUUUAAUUGUAGUGCUUUUAUGUUGCACUUACUGAUGCCAGAAUUAAGUGCAUUACUGUAAAAUUAGAGGCAACUGAGGAGACUUCCAAGCUUGGCAUUAGCUGGUGAAUGAUCACCCACUUUGAAAAAAAGGUGUGUCAUGUUGUGCAGUAAAUUCAGUAGUUUCAUCAUAGUUGUUUUAGCUUUGGGUUCUCAAAUGCAGGUAACAAUACAAGCUGUUUUUUUGUUGUGCAAAUACAAGCUGUGGCUCCCGCUGCUUUGAUUUCUUUCAACACAUCAAUGCUUGGAUAAUAAAAGUCAGAUUGGCAUUUGUUGUUCAUCCCUAAAAUGCAUUCAUAUCCUUUUGAAUGUUGACAUCAGGGGCCUUUCUCAAACCAGUGGCUCUCCUAUUUUUACUCCACUACAGAGUUAAGUGGGACUGAAAUAGUGGAGUGAAACUCUGCAGGGAGAGGUUUGAGAAGAGCCCGUGGAGUGGAAAGCUUUUGUUUACUACAACUCUCUGCGCAAGUCCAUUUGUGGGCAACAAGGGGACUACAUGUCUCAUCACUUUGCAGGAACACUUCCUCUUGUGUCCUUCAUGUCAGACCUUGUCACUACCAUCAGCUGAGCCGUGCUGAGUGUCCGUCCUUUGCCUCGUUAAUGAAUAUUGGAGAGUGAUUAGAUUGCAGAGUCCUUGUGUUAUGCAAUAGCAGGAUUAUGCAAAACACUUGUUCUUUGCCAUUCAUGCUCUAACAUGCGGUUGCUUGUUAAUUAUUUAGCAAUGGUUGCUCAUGGAGUUAACAUAUACAACUCUAACGAAAGGCUGCAUAUCACAUUUCCAGGAUGUGUAGUUUCCAGUCCUCAAUCCUGAUCCUUUUCUACUUAUCGAGUGUUCAUUCCAAGAAUAAAUACAAGACUUCUACAUGAAGCUUUCUCAGCGGGCCUUGUGCUACCUGAAUGACUAAAGCUGUAAUGACACAUAAUCCCUAAAGCUUUUAUGUUAGCGCGUACUUUUCUGUGUAGAGUUCUGUGCAAGCGCCUGGUGUGACCUAAACAUAUUGUAAUGAAAAGGUUAAGAUGCUGCCCAAAUGUGACAGUAAUACCCGAGAGAUAAAACAAAAGGUCAGCUGCUAAUAAAAGCUGUGUUCUUAAAAAAGGUGUAUGAAUUGGUAAAGGCAUAAUGUAAUGUGAGCGGGUCGUCAAAGGAUUGGGACCCUGAAAUGAUGUAACUGAUUAAAAAUGAGUGUUUCUUCUCUUAAAAAUAGUCUAAAUCACUUUUACUUUCAGCUAACCCAGUGUUCUUCUUAGAAGUAGCAAAUUUAGCGUAUUUUCACAUUCAUCUGAACACUUCCAGCGAUGGUAAAAGAAGGUAAACAGGACGCAUGAAUCACUGCUUCUAAUUGAAUUUUUCUGUCUCAUCACUGUCAGAGUCUGUGUCAUGCACUGUUCCAUUUAUCAGUCUUUGGACGCCUCCAUAACCCAUGCUGUGCUCUGUCUGUGAAGUGUUAACUUCAUGUGCCGUGUUCCAUUUGUAGAUUUCCUAUUGAAGCCCUGAGUUUUUGUGUCUUUUACCUCUCUUACUUGUUCUUGCUGCUGUUUUCUUGGUUUUCCUCGCUGUAAACAAACCAGUAUUGAGUUCAGCUGAGUUUUUUUUACCUAUUGAUACAAUUACAGCCCCUCCAGAGUCUGUGUAUAGAGCUACAUCCUUGGCAAUGGUCUGUUCUUCAUAGCAGCACUGGGAUUCUGAGAAACACACCAUUGCUAUGAAAUGUUGCUUUGUCAUGACCAAUCAGAAUUUAGUGCUCAAUACUAAUGACUAAUAAGUAACUACACAAAGCAUAUGCACAUGUACCGUAACAUUUGGUGUUUAAAGGAAUAUUCCGGUGUGAAUUUAAGUUAUGGUCAAACACACCAAGGUAGACACCCCCUUGAGAGAUUAAUGUUGCCAACUGCUUGCUUCUCUAGUUAUACCAACUUUAUUAACGACCGCACGAUAGCAGUACACAGCAGUCUACGUUUCCACACGCAAACUUCAACCAAAACGCCACUCUAUAGCCUCAAACAAUGCUCAGAACAGGACCUGUCUUCAUCAACAGUACAUAUAGGGUCCCAGCCGUAGUACUAGUACUAAUAGUACAUCAAACAUCUUUUUAACUUUGCUUGGUUUCUUUAGCAAAGAGACCAAACACAACUCACCUACUCUCUUCCAGCAGCCGCUUGUUUGUUGGGGAGCCCUGAUGAGUUGAUCACCAAGUGCUGCGGAAUUUCGCAGCUCAAAGAAUAACAUUUAUGAUUAUUACUUAAAUCAGACAGAGUCGCUAAGGCAGACGAACUACUGCGUCUGCAGUGCAAAAUGAUUAUUAUGAUGAUUAUUUCUUCACUCGGUGAUCGAGUCGUCAGGACUCCCCCACAAACAAGCGGCUGCUGGAAGAGAGUAGGUGAGUUGUGUUUAGUCUUUUUGCUAAAGAAACCAGGCAAAGUUAAAAAGAUGUUUGAAGGCUAGUACUAUGGCUGGGGCUCUGUACUGUUGAUGAAGUUAGGUGCUGUUCUGAUCAUCAUUUGUGGCUACGAGUGGCUUUUUGGUUGAGGUUUGUGUGGAUCUAUGGAUCCAUAGACUGCUGUGUAUUGCUAUCGUCUGGUCGUUGCUGAAGUUGGUGUAACUAAAGAAGCAAGUUUCGGCAACAUUCAUCUCUCGAGGGGGUGUCUUAAGUCAGUGUUUUGGUGUGUUUGACCAUAACUUAAAUUUACGCCGGGAUGCCCCUUUAAGAUGCGUUUAAAGUCCUCGUUCUUUUAGCACUUUUAACAAAUGCAACACAACAUAACACAGUAGCAGUCUUCCACCGAAAUGGGUCAGGCUUUCCUAAAACUGUGGUACAAUUUGCCCUGCCCUGCAGUGGAUAGCAGAUGUAUAGCCAUCUGCUCCAGGCAACACAACCACUCACCCCGUUCUUUUCUCCUCUUGGUCCAGAUGCAGAGCGAGAGUGGACGGGACCAUUUUGCUUCAUCCAAGCUGCAGAUCCACAGCUCGGUCUGAUGAAAGCGUGGAGGGAGGGCGACUGCGAUGGCGGAGGGGACGAAUGGGCUGAAGAAGUCGAACUCACCAAGCAGGCUGUGGAGGCUGUGAACCAGCUCAGACCUAGGCCUAAGUUCAUGGUGCUAUGUGGGGAUCUGGUCCAUGCCAUGCCAGGUAGGAGGAGCACGUAAAGGACAAAGACUGCAUAAUUAAAAACCGUGAAAACUACAAAGAUUUGAAGUAUGAUUUAAAUAAUACUGCUUUUUCAAGGACGACGAUUGCUUUGGAUAUAUGUUAUUAAAAGCAGUUGGGCUCUGAGGUCGUAGUGAGAUGACAAGCCGUUUGAAGUUUUCUUUUAAAGGAAUAAAAUAUUCUAAUGUGUUUUAGUUCUCGGAGCGACAAAGACCUGCUGAGCGCUGGAAACUUGAACAGCACAUGCUCUCUACUGAAAAAAAAAACAGCAGCAAAGAGAGGCUACUAACUUACAAGCCCACACUCCGUCAAUAAAAACAAGAUACUGACAUCAACCAGAGUCGCUGCCAAUUACCCGCCUCCUGUUUGAAGACAUAACGUGAACUCACAGAUGCUAGAUUUGUGAGCUUUAACUCUGCUCAGACUCUUGUUAGACCAAAAACGACACAGCAGUGGUCUCAUGAGUGUCAUCUUGUAGCAUCUGGUACACCAUGGCAGGCUCAUACAAGUGCUGCACUUGUUUUAAAGUGUUUGAAAUGGCCCCAAAAUUGAAGAUAGGAGCAAACUGUUUAUAAAACACACGCUGGGAUUUUUGCACUUCUCACCAUAUCACAGAUGAACUUUUUUUUUUAUUUUUUAUUUUUUUAUAUCCUCAUUUGUAUGCGAGACUACACAGCUGCACAUUGACGGAUUUUCUCAGCCAAAAUUGGAGAGCUGGUUUUACAUCAAAGAGAUCAAAGGACGGUUGUGGGUAAUGUAGGAAGUGAUUAACAAACCCCAGCCAAAGCACUGUAACAUAAUUUAAUGUUUGAUCAGGCUGUCAGCCAUCAAACAAAAUCUAAUCUCUUAUUCCAAGAAAAGAAAACUGCUGCUCACCUUUGGCAUUCCUGGGCAUUGAACAUUAAUUUUCCUUCAUAUUGAUGUAUUGCUUUUAUACACACAGCUCCUCAGUUCCUCAAUAUCACUGACAUCUCAAUCAUUUUAUACAGUAAUCACUCAAAACAAGAGCUAAACGAUGCAGACAGGUUGGCUGUAGCACAGUUUUACCCAUAGAUCCGGGGAGAACAUUGGUUUGAUAUUGAAAUCAACCACAGAAAAGUGGGUGCACAAGUGUUUAUGGACAGCUUAGCCAAAUUAUUCAGAGCUCCCUCCACUAAAUAGUUGCAGCAUGGGUCAUAAAGCCUGACUUCUCCACAUUAACAUUCCUUCAUACAUCCUGCUGCCUUCUAACAAGUGUAGUUUUAAUAAGUUAUUGGAUAUUAAAAAGAUGGUUAAGAGACGGCUCUGUUGAUAGUUCCUGCAGUCUUCUUUACCCGAUUAUCAGAGGAGGAGCAGGAGGAGAAAAAAUUUAAACAUUAGCUAAUUUGCUCCUGACCUGGCUCCACCAUUGCAGCAUGUCAGAGGGAGUAUUCUGGCUCCACAUCUCACAAUAGGAGGAGCAUGGAGGCGUUGUGUCUAUAUUAAUUUAUAAUCAAUAAGAUCCACUGACCAUUUGCUGAUCGAAGCAGUUCUGUUCCCCUACUCAACAAUGUAUUAAUUCCCUUGGUCCAAACCUCUAAAUGCUUCUGCUGAUGUUGAUGCAGGGUGAAUACCUACACAAUGCAUCACUGGUUCAGUGUUUCACCCGGUAAUAGCAUCACCAACAUGCUGGAUAUAUCAAGUUAGUAGGCUGUGUCUAAAUUUAUCUUAUUUACAAGUAUUAAAGUUCUCCGUCACUAACGAUGAAUUUCCAUCAUUCGUCAAAUAAGAGGCAAAAAAACCCUACAUGUUUUUUUUUGUUGUUGUUGUCUUGUUAAGGCAUCUGAUUUAACAACCAUACAGGGAUUAACUGACAAUGCCGGAGCCAUAGUUUUGGCCAAUCAGAGGCAUAGAAGGACAGGCCGUGCUUGCCACUGCCUGAUGGUUACGGUUACCAGAGUGCUUGUCAAAGUUUUGCUUGAUCCCCAGAGAGUGGUGAAAGUUAACACGGUGGAAAUAAUGUUGAUCUAACAGUCAGUAAGUCAGUCAGUCAGGCAGUCAGUCAUCUUCAUCUGCUUGUCUAUUACUGGGACGCGGGGGUGGGGCAGGAGACAAGGUUAAUGGACAAUACACACAUACACAUACACAUAGGUUGAUGGUCUGAUAAUAUGAUUUAGAGUAGAAAACAUUUUCAGUCCUUUUUUUUUUUUUCUUUAAUUCCUGCAUUUAUAGCAGCAGUGUUCCUCACUCAUAGAUGAUUGCACAGCACGCCACCCAAGUGUAUAUAAACUAUGAAGAUCUCAUAUUAGAAUAAUUUAUUUUGUUGUUAUUAUAAUUUAUUUAUUUAUAGAUUAUUUUGAUUAUUAUCUCAUAUAAAAGGAAAACUUACUGUAUUUGCACAUAAAAGGCAUUGUACAAAGUGUGCAGUGUUUUAUUUUCUAUGGAGUGUGAAGGUUGCUCUGCUCACCUCUUUUCUACAGUCAGUUCUAAUUUUUGUCCGGCCCAGCAGGAGAUCGAUUUCUGAUUAGGCAAGAGAACUGUUCUGAAGGAGCUAUUAUACCUCUGUCAAACAUAUUUGUCACAAUAGUGGAGUAGACAAGAAUGCCUCUGUAUGAAAUCAUUAAGAUUUCAUGCUGUUUCAGCCUUGUAACUUGAAAAAUGGACAUGCAGUGUAAUUUGAGUCUCAUCAUGAGGAGCUCCUGACAUGUUUUUGCCUCGAGCAGAAUUUUAUACUCUUGACCUCAGAGCAGCAGGCAAGAGAGAUGCAUGUUGACCCUUAAAAUCAAUGCAUGAUAGAGUCUCAGGCAGUAUUUUGACAUUUGAGCAUAAUAUUUGAUAUUACCCUAAGGAUUCGAUCAUGAUUAAUAUUGGUCAUGAAACAUAACAUGAAAACACCAAAACAGCUGUGAUUGGGGAUGUUCCAGGAUGACCACUGUCCUAAUGAUUGAAAGUGUGAUUUAGUAUUGGGCCAACAAUAUCUUCUGAUCACUUUAUCAGUCAGGCUCUAAAUUAUCCGAUCAUUUUGUUGUGUGGUAUAUUAUUAGAGUACAUUUCUGAACCCUACUUGAAAACCGAUGCUCAUCAUGAUUGGUCCACUGUUGCAGAUUCUCUGAUCUGCCGUUAGCAGGAGCUGAACAAGCUUGCUGGCAUUCAUCACUCUUAAAAGAGACUGGGAUAUGUGUGAUGUACACACUUUGUGUAUUGAUGAAUGUAUUCUUAGCUGCCUUUGGAGAUGGUCCUAAUCUAAUUAAAGCACUCUGUGAAGAUCAUCAGCUUUGGGAUAGUUCAGCUGUAGAAUAUUUCUCAUUUAGGUCUGUUUGAACAUUAGUCUUCUGUUUCCCAUUAGAGUCUGUAAACAACAUUCUCCCCUAUGACAGCAGCUGAUAUUUAUCUAUGAAAUAGCACUGGCCUUCUGGCUGUUCCCAAAAAAGUUUAGCUUCUGUGCAGAUGAAUAUUUCAGCUAUUGAUUAAGGGAGACUCACUUUAAAUUCCUUUUUCAGUUCUGAAAAUCCAUAUAAGCUCGCGGCAGAGGUGAUUCCAGGUGAUAGAGGGCUGUAGCCAGGUAAAGAAGUUAGUUUUCCGCUUUAUUCACAAACCCUUGUUUGUAUACACAGACCCCAUAAAAGCAAACAAUGUUUAUCUUUAUCACUUCUCCGUUUGCCUUGAAGCUCCCUGUAUUAGUGCAAGAUUUUUCUUUGUUGAGACAAAUCAGCCGCUGAAUACUGGUUGCAGACUAAUAAGUUUGUAAAUAAUGUUGAACAGUGGUGUGGUUUCUCGCCAUCGGUCUUGCAGGGUGAGUUCAACAUGUUAGAUGUCUUAGAGCCAGGACAGCAAGGCGACUUAAUUUGCCACAGUGGCAGCUGGUUUUUCCCAAUUCACCAGAUGCUCCCUCUGUCAAACCAGACAAAUAGAUUUUCCGAAUAGAGCUGGCUCCGGAAGAAAAAAAGUUAACUACCUCCAGAAAUGGCUCAGCGAGAAAACAAAAUCAUAUAUCAGACUACUUCUCACCUUGUUUGGAACCGGCAAACUGGGUGUAUUCCUUCUGUCUGUUUGUAUCUCUAUGAUGGUGGUGACAGAUUUACAGCGAUUAAUCUUGACAUGUACGUAAAAACAACCAAUUCCACAUAUAAUUGAAAUACCUGUUAAAGCAUCAGACUCUUGUUACUCUGUAGAAGAAGAGCAAAUAGACACCUUGAUUAAAGUGUCAGUAAUGAAAUUGGUUAGCAUGGCCGUGGGGGGCUUAUUUCUCGAUGUCCAGCUGCCUUUUGGAUAACAGGACAGGAUGAACAAGGAGCCUGCUGCAGCGUCAAAUGUUCAGCAAAAAGAGCCACAAGCGCCUGACAAAUUCUUACUACCUUUGCAUGACAAUUAGCAUGAGCUGCCUGGAGAAAUGGGCACGAAAAAGGAGUCAGAGAGUGAAUCUGUCUCUGUGUCCAUCUCUGCCUCCUCUCUUUCUCUCUCUCUUUCGGUGCCUGUGUGCUCUUGUGAGGUUAGAUUGUGAUGAAAGUAACCGUGGCCUUGAUACCCGUUUAAAGUUGACAUAAGCUACUGAGCAGAAGGAGAAUAUUUUGUUGAAUUUGGUGCAGUAAAGUUGGCCUCUGUUUUUGGAAUUUGACUCAAGGCAAACUAUUUAUAUACAACACAGAUUUGGCUUGGAUAAGACAGAGAAUAACUCUUGCCCUCCUCUUCUUUUUUUCUGGGUCAUUAUGACCGCCAUUUUUAGUUAAACAUGAACGCUCCUGAAGCCGUCUCCCCCAUCAUCUUGGAGUCUUGCUGUAGGCGUCCAAGUAUCCCUAUCAUCUCCAUGACUGCACCACUUAGACCGCAACAUGGCCCUCGUCCAUUUUCCCACAUCCCUCCCUCGGCUCCUUCUGAUCAGCUGCAUUUAUAGGUCACAGCAAGAUCCAUUUCAGAUGCACAGUAGGAUAGUAGAUUGUGUUAGCAUGGGGUUUAAACCGCGAGGCCUCGGGGACCUUUAAACAUUGUAGCUUCAGCCCUUGUUAAUGUCAGUUCUAACAGAGCAGGUUGUGUGUGCCAUCCUCAUUACUCACCACGUCCGUCACUCGCAUGGCAACCAGGCUGUAGCAUCGGUAGAGAUAUUUUAGCCAGAGCUGCUCCCUCCAUCUCUCGGCUGACAUUUCCCCUUAAACUGUUUAUUUACAAUAAAGAAUGAAUGGGUGGCGGCCAGGGGAAGCUGGCUGUCAACCGGCAUUGUCAACACUGCUGGCUGCCGGCGACAGGAAAUUGGCAACUGUAUUUUCUGUUCCCACGGAUUUCACUCUCUCUCUUUCUCUCUCCCUCUCUCUCCUCGUCUGGGUCGCUCUCACAUUCGCUAUUCCGGUCUGUCUCUUUCUCUCUCAUCUGCCUGUUCCCUUUAGUAAACAGCUGUGGUCUCAUGCCUCAUACCUUAUUUUGACAACCUUCAUUUGCAAGUGUGACAGUACACAAACACACUGAUUUAUUCCUGCCUCUGAUGAAUCUAUUUGAAGCAUCUAUUUGAAUUAAAUCUGCAGAGGAAUGAAAAGUUCUGUUUGAUCUUGUAAUUGUUCUGUUACAACAGUAAAGAAAACAAUGGGCCUGUUGCGCUCAUCAGUAUUGGUUUGUACUUUAGACUUCAAUACAAGACAGGAAAACUGAAGGCUUACUACAGCUGUAAUGUCUUCUCAAUGACUCUUCUGAUUUAAUUUUUCUUUCUAGUAUCUAUUUUUAAAAACCUAGUUGACUCAGCAUUAUAAUCUGCCUGUAAUCAGUAGACAGUUUUGUGGGGCUAAUCAUUUUUUACAAGGGGUGGUGGAUACAUUGACUAAGACUCAUCAACAGCAAUUUGAACUUUGUCAGAUAAUAGAGAUAUGCCAAACCUUUUUCUUUUCUAUACAAACACCUGGACCUGAGAUUUGGCUGGUAAAAAAAAAGAAACUAGUGUAGUCAUUAAAGAUGUAAAAGCACUAAUAGUUGAUUGACUUAUUCCGACAACACAUCUAAUUUUUAACUGCAAAGAACACCAAGUUUGUCCUGUACUAGAAUAUACCUGUUACUCUCAUUGAGAGGGUCUAUUUUUUUAGUAAGACAUCAAAACAAGCAUUUAAAAUAAAAAAUACUCUUCUCUGAAUGAAGACAGUAGAGACAUUUACAUUUAAAAUUUACUUUUAAUGGAUCUGUGCCAUAUUUCUCAGCUUUGUUGAAUGACUGUUGUUGUAGCUUGGGACAGGUAUUUGCCAGGUGCUUACACUUUAUUAUUCUUACUUUUUAGAAACUCUUGAUGCUGCUCAGGGUCACAGUUAAAGAGAUGUAGAGAGAAAUUGGAAGUAUGACAGAAGGAAUAUUUUCUUCUUCUCAUCACCCAUGCUUUACAACAGUGGUUCUCAAGUCCAGUCCUCGAGCCCCCCCUGUCCUGCAUGUUUUGGAUGUUUCCCUGCUCCAACACACCUGAUUCAAAUGAUCAGCUCAUUAUCAAGCUCUGUAGUGGCUUAAUAACGAGCUAAUCAUUUGAAUCAGGUGUGCUGGAGCAGGCUUACUUUACUUUACUGGCUCACUUUUGUCCAUCAUCACUUGACCGACUCUCUGUUGGAAGGACAUCAAAAUAAAUACAGACUUUCCUCCAAAAGCUAUUAUGUCAGCCAUCCUAAUUAGGAGGCUAUGAGUACACUUGCACACUGAGAUGAGAUGAGAUGAGAUGAGAUGGGACUAGAUGCAAUGAGAUGAGAUAGGACUAGAUGAGAUGAGAUGGGACUAGAUGAGAUGAGAUGAGAUGAGAUGGUUGUACCAAACUAAUCAAAUACAUUCACAACAACAACCAGCCACAGGUUUACUCCUGUAAUUUAUAGUGAGGAAGAGAUGGGGAUAUUUCCAUGAUCAUACAAACUUACUUCAUUUUCUUAUUCUGACAAAGAGACUGACGGGGAUGGCACAGAGUUAGAGUUGAUCGAUUACCUGAAGGACUCUAGGCUUUUGUAGAAAAGCCUUUGCUUUCCAGCAGCUGCUUUCAACUUGUAGCUGUUAUUUCUGUGAACUGGAAUGACAUCACAUUAUUGGUAUCUUAAAAUUUGCUGAUCUCAGUUGAAGAAAAAGGUCUUUCUUUGAUUCCUUCUUCUGUUAAAUGGCACUUUUCUAGCUUUCUGACCACUCAGUAGCAUUUUAUCGUACUUUUCAACUUCAACGUCUCACACAAACACGCACACUAAUGCACUUAUUGCAAAAGCUUACAUAGAAAGUAAGUACCAAGCAGCACAUCAGUACUAAUGUAACCCCAUUCACGCUUAUUCACUCCCAGUGGUUUUUCCUUCAGGUACAUUAGGGCUCAGUGUCAUUCUUCAUCCGGAGAACACUUCAAAUAUGGACUGGAGUAGCCAGGGAGUUGAUCUGUCAGUUUUUAGUUUAAAAGAUGGCCGACUAAAUCUCUGAACCACAGCUACCCCUGUUGGAGUGUUAAUUAAGCACUCAAACUCGCAAGAUAAGACAGAAACCAGACUGGUGUAAAGGGGUUCAUUUGUGUCCAGUCCCUGAGGUUUGCAAGGUACAAUCUAACUCUUCAAAAUGUAAAAUCUUGUUUUUUCUUGCUGUGAAGAUCCUGGCAUUUGUGCUUUCCAGACCUUUCCUGAUGCGAUACUCCUUGAUCCCAAUUCCCCCGUCUCCACUCCAAUCUAAGCCAACCCUCGAGAGACACUUUCUCAUCUCAAGGACUUCCUUCAAUCUCGCCUCUCUUCCUCUCCUUCUCCCUCUCGUUACUUCUCCCUCACUCUCUCUGUCUUUCUCUCACUUAUUUUUCAAAGCUGACAAAUGAAGAGGAUAAAGAGCAGGGAGGAGGGUGGAAAGGGAGGAAGAGGAGGAGGGGGGAGAAGAGCAAGAUACAGAGCUGAUUAGAUUAGAGAAACAUGCUGGACUUAACAUUCUCCUAAUGAGCACUACAAAGGAUUCAAGCAGGGUCUCAGGGGCUUCGUGAGGAAAGUUAUGCAUGAUACACAGAAGCUCUCGUGUAUGUGUGUGCAUCUGCAUGUGUGUAAAACUCAAAGGUGAAGUGGAGGUUGCCUUGGGACGUCCCUGUCCUUCUCCAUGUCUUUGGGAACCUGAUUAAUUGCAGUUGAAGGCAGUUACAAUGCAGGUCUCUGAGGGCUCCUGGAGCAGGGACAAUAAGAAGACUGUCCGGAGAGGAUUUUCUUUUAGGGAAAUAUGGAAGAGUUUUGGAUUUUUCUUUUGGUGUGGGUAGUUUAGAGAUGGUGUGUGUUUUUUUAAUGAGAUAGUCCAGUCGUGUGUGGGCAGUAAUAGGUCUGCCAGGGGUGCUGAAAUUUGGAAAUGUCUCUUUAUUACCAUUUCCCCACCACACUCCCUGGGUAGCUGGGAUACUUAAUUCAUCAACUGAGCUCCAGUUUUGCCCUUGGGUCUCUUCUAUGUUAGACGUGCCUGGAAAACCUCUAAAGGGAGACACCCAGCAGGAAUUCUUAAGGUGCCAAUGUAUUUUACUAGAAAUGCUUAGGAGAUCAGAAAUUUCAGAGAUCACAAGGCCUUUCCAACACUGAAAUAGUGGAGGGCUGCAUUUUGAAAAAUUGAUGCAAUUUUCUGAAGCACACAGUCUGGAAAAGAUGAAAAGAUUUAAAAGUUGUGUACAAAACUCAAAGGCUGGGGCUUUGAUGGUUUAUGGGAUGGUUCCCCUCUAUAAACAGUAGGUUGGAGGUUUUCAAAGCAACACAUAUCUUUGUCAUUUAAAUGGAAAUGUGUAUUUUAGAUAGCCGACUAGCCUUGAAAAAGGGAAAACUUUAAAAAAACUGUAGUAACUGAGAACAGUUUAUUAAACACAGUCAAACAAGGGAUCACUACAGCUGUGGUCAACAGUGUAUUAUUGUUGGUAGAGUGUUGCUAACAUUAGCAGAGCUAGCACCCCCAGCUAGCUUUCAGUCUUCAUUGCAAGUUAACAUCAACAUCUCUGCGCCGGUAACAAACUUCUCUCAUCAUAUGGUUUAAUUCCAGUGUAACCACACACAGCCUAUGUUUAACUUUAUUUUCCAGAUCAAACUAUACUACACCGUAAUACACCAUCCGUCAUUUGAGCUUGUUUAAACACAGGAAGGGUAUCCAAAACCAGUUCUGUAACAGAACCUCUAGUCAUUGUAGAGGUUUGCUGUUAUUCUCAAACUAGGAAUUGUAACGACGUCCUCUUAAUCCAACUUUGUGUUGCAGAACAAUGGCGGGCUGCAUUGCGAGAGGUAUUUAGCACAGAUGACAACCAAGAAUCGUGGUGGAGAGAAAACAGAAGCGACCCAAAACAAUGAAUCUUGUUGGUCUUGUAGCAUCAGUUCUACAAGAAGACCCAAAGACUUUGUAAGUUUGACAGCUUUCCACCAAUAAACUGUGUUUCUUUAAAAUACAGGGCUUUUGUAUCCCACGAAAUAGACCCGAUGAUCUAUGCUAGAGGAGGGCUGCCAUCUUUGUUAUGUUCUUUCAACCAAUCAGAGAUUUUGUUGACUUUUGCUGACUUAUAAGGGCCCAUCUAGAAGCCAGGCUUUCCUGUCUCAGCAGAGCAGUAAAAGUAAUAAAAUGUGCGUUGUUGACACAGAAAACUGCAAAGAAACAUCCAAGUUGUAGAGUUCUCAAGCAUUAUAACUGUAGCCAUAAACCGGCUUUAGCUGGUGUCAGGUUGCUGUCCUGCAGAAUUUCAGGUUUACAAUGAUAAGAAAUCUUCCAAAGGUACCAGCCAGGAUAGUUGUGGUGAAAACACCAGAGGGGGAGGCUCAACAUAACCUUGAAAAUAGAGGGGCUAGGGUCACAGAGAUCCUAUAAUUUGUUUACAGUGGCCAACGAUGAGUGUUUGACAGUCCAGCGUACUGAAAUACGACCAGUUUGUGCGCAUGUGAAAGGUUGUACUAUUCAUCUAAUGUAACUUAAUCUCCACCAUCUCGUCACUGCCUGCAGUCCGCUUCCACAUCAGCACAAGCUGUCAGUGCAGGUUGAAACUCCAGUUAGUCACAAAUAUAAAGGUCCCCACACAAUGAAAGCUAAGUGGAGAAAAUGUAUACGACAGCAGGGACCCCACACACUCAGGCCUGUGUGCAGUCUCCACAGUCUUUAGGAGAAAUUGAGAGGAGUGCUUACAGUGUUGGACAGGCUCAACGAAAACCUGCCAAAGUCUCCUGUCAGGGUUUGAGAAUCACAGUGUGGCAAUCUCAUUAAACGAACAAGGCCUUUCACUCAGUGCUCCAGAGAGAGCCCAGAGCUGCAUUGUGUUUUUAUAUCCAUAUACCACUCGGUACAUAUACAGUACACUGCUUUUACAAAAAAAGAAAAGGUGGUAGUAAAUGUAUGCAGCAAAAUGUAUUGGUUAUAAAAACAUGUAAUGAGCUUCCAUUCUUUCCUCUGGGUAAAUGGAACCUCUCGUGUUAUUAGAUAAUCAUAUUUGCAGCAUCUAUUGACCUGCUUUGCAUAUUUGUAGGUAGUUUUUUAUUAAAAAAAAAAAAGCUUUAUAGUAAUGGGCGCAUAUCAAACAGCCUCCUCUCUCUUUGCAUAUUGACACUAUUAGCAUCGGGAGAGGGGUUAUACAUAUAUCAACAACCUACAAAUGUUUAACGGCUGCUGCCUGAACAGUGUCAUUCCCAAAAACACUCCCCAUUCAUCUUAAGCAAGGUGUCCCGAAUGCAGAUUGAUGGGGUUCUGUACGGUCGAGAAUUGGUUUGCCCUGUGAAGUGCUCCUGGAUGAUUCAUGGGUGUUGCUAUCUCAGUGGAUGGCUGUAGCUGGGGCAGGCAGCUGGAGGUGUGAGGAAGCAGAAGGCGCCUCAGCAUCCCUGCCCCAUCGUGUUUGGCCACCAGUGCUAUUUUUUCUCAUUCAUUUAUUCUGGGAAAGUAAAGUGCUUCACACUCACUCAAUGACACAUUCACACUUGGGUGGUGUCAAGCAUUAAACAAUCUUUUGUGUGUUUAGCUCCUGACCAGCUCCACUGGAGCAGCUGACAAGGUCAGGUUUCCUACGAAAGGGCACACUGCUGGUGUUAAAGAGAUGGUAAAGGACUUCUCAUCCACCUCCACUCUUAAGAUUUCUUCAAGACCAGGAAAAAGCCACCUUUUGUUCGCUAAGAUCGGCCUUCAUAUGUUCGUUGUGAUCAAGUAGAAGACGUCAAUGCUUCACACAAAUUGUACAUCCUUUAUAUGUUUGGUAGUCAUAAAGUACAGUCAGUUUUAUCCAUUGUUGCUGUGGAUGUAAGGUAUAAAAUUUUGGAAGUUUAGCCAAUAGCAUCAAAGUAGUAAAUUAAGUUAUGUUUUUAUCGCUGAAUUCCCGUCAGUAAUCGAUUGCUAACAUUUCCAAAGGAAGAGGAAUACUUUGAAUUUGUGUCCCAGUUUCAACAUGCCCACCAAGCACUUGAGAUAGCCUUGCUUUUUACCUGUUGUGUUCAUGUAUCAUUCGGCUUGGACAUCAUGCAAACUUUGUGCUGGAAGUUUAAAGCCAAUUUACAGUUAUGGAGUCAUUUCAGGAGUCAUUUCAUGGAUAAAUUAAACCCCACUGUUUAUUAGUUCUCUAAAUAUAACACAGUCAAGGAAAUAGGGGUGUCCCGAUACACCUUUUUUUUUUUUUUUUUACCUCUGAUACAAUACCAAUAUUGUAGCCUUCAGUAUUCGCCGAUACUGAUAUUGAUCCAAAAUUAGCACAAACUUGUGCAUUACAAGUUUUGCACUCGGCUGCAACAUCUUUUUCGGAAUCAGCCGAAAAAUACAGCCACACGGCCGACAUCACUUUACUCCUUGCUACUUUGUUAGUACCUUAUUACACACUAUGGUUGUGAUCACGUGGGUUCUGCAUGUUGGAUCCAGGUGCUGCUAGAUAGAGGCGCUGGAGUGGAGUCUGGAAUGGACUGCUUGCAUCAGAGUGCUUAUAUCGGAGAUUUAAAAUGUAGGCUGAUUUAAUCCGAUAUGUGUCUCUUUGCUGAUAUCAGACCAAUAACUGAUAUCAAUAUCGGGAUAGCCCUAAAAGGAAACUUGAUUGACAGAUUAGUAAUACCUAACUCUGUCAAAGUGUUAUUGGACAACACCCAUUUUGUAACAUUAUCACAUGAUUGGGUGUGAAAAGGUCUUUCCAGAGAGACCGGGCCUCUUCAAAGUAAAGGUGAGAAGACGUUGACCAGUCUGGGAGAGGAGACUGAGUGGGGAAAUAGUUCAGCAAUGCUAGGUGCUACUAUGGUGCAUAAUCAAUCAAUCAAUCAACUUUAUUUCUAUAGCACAUUUAAAAGAACCACAGGGGUAGCCAAAGUGCUGUACAUUGUGACAUAAAAACAAAUAAAACAAGCAAAGAACAAGAUAGAUAAUGUCAUCAGAAAGAUCAGCAAAUCUUGAGAAAUCUCUGUACAAAAGGAACAAGGCUAAUUUCUUAUUACUGGUUUUCAGCCCAGCAGGUGGUACUACAUCAAAAAUAGACAUGACUCUGUCGUGGAAGUCACUGCAUGGGCUCAAAACCAGAUCCAAAACAACUGUUUGUGAACAUAGUUUUUCACUAAUGCAGGUCUGUACCAAAACUGUACUAUGUUAGGAGGAAGCAAGACAUAUAGAUAAUCUAGAAAUGCUGGUGACUUGUAGGUUAUCUAUUGAAGUGUCCUCUGCACCUGAUCGUGUCACCAGUGGUAGUGACAAUUGACAGCUCACUCUACAAUCUUCAAUAUGUGAGGAAAUUGAUAAACAGCACACAGAGGCAGCUGCACCACAAACCUGAGCAGGAAUCGGGGAAUAAAAGCUUCACACAGAUUGUGUUUUCUAUAACAAAAACAGACUUCUUGUCUUCCUUUGUUAUCUGAGGGCCUGUUUGUCUGUGAUGUUGUCAGUUUUGGAGUCUGGCAGGUGAGCGUAAUUAUAGGAGUGAGAAAGGAGAAGAGCAAGAUUUCACCUUUUUUAUCUGGAUACAUUCAGGCCCUACACUCUCUCACUCUGUCAUGAACAAGAUGUUCUGUCGGUAAAAGCUCUUAUGUAAUAAGUCCAAUCCAAACAUCCAAGGAAACGUUUGCUCCAAAAGUGGGCCAGUAAAAUAAUUACUCAGACGAAUAAAAAGGAAAAGAAAUACAUGAAGAGGGAAAGAAAGGAAUAAUUUAAGAGCUAGUCUGCUAGCUUUGUUUGAUAUACAUCCUGAAUUAUGAAUAGAAAUAAGUCUCAGCCACUCUGAGCCCUUUACCUACUCUGGGACUGAGUUAGUUUUACUCAAAGCAUCCCCCUCCUCCCUGCACACUUCUCCUUUCUGUGAACUCUAGGCUUGGCUCUGAGAUACUCCUGAUUGAAAUGCAACAAACAAAUGAACACAGUACUAAAGGGUUUGUAAAACCAUCAGUCUUCUGUAUCUCAGACCAGUGAACCUGAUAGGAUGAGUGGCUAGCUGGGUUUUGCCAUGUGAACUGGGGAAGCGUUCACCAGAACACUACUUACUCAUCAUGUCCGUAACCAUGGUGAUAUAAAGUCGAGCUGUACAGAGCAUUGAUCAUUCCCUGAGCUGUCAUCAUUAUCUUCCAAAUAAUCCCCCUUCCCUUAGGCGACGCUCGCCUGUAGUACCCUCCACACUCUCGAUCUGACACUUUUCAUCAACACCGGUAUAAAUUUCUCCCUCUGUCUUUUUUCUUAUUUAUUCAGCCAAAGCAAAAUAUUAUUAUCAAUACUAAUAAUCAGGCAUGGAUUUUUCUGAUCCCUGUCAGUGUAAUUUUUUUUCUUUUGGUUUUUGUACAAGGAUGUCUCUAACCACAAACUCAUUUGUCAUGCAGAAACUGAGCUGAUGUUCUCUUUCUUCCCCAGACACCCCAUUCAGAGAAGGUCAGGAACGAGACCUGAAGGCGGCCUUGAAGGGGACGGAUCCCUCCAUUCCUCUGGUAUUUGUCAGUGGGAACCACGACCUUGGAAAUUCCCCCACUCCCAGGACAGUGGAGCAGUACUGCAAUGCUUGGGGCGAUGACUAUUUUAGCUUCUGGGUAAGCGGACACAGAAGGCAUUUAGCCAGAAGCAGUAGAAUAACUGAUAAUAAUGGAAAACUUAUGAUAAACCUGAGCUCAGAUCUGUGAAGAAGACCCAUUUUGUAAUAGUCAUAGCAAAAGACUCAAACUUGACACCUGUUUUCCUCUUCCAUGUUCACAGAAGCAAAACACAUUCAGCCAGAGAUCCAUUCAUUCCUGUGUGAAUCUGUGUAAUAUUCAAUGUGCAUUCCAAACUCUUCCCUUUUGUAUAUUUGAAAUGUGUAAUCUACUUUGAGUACAUUGAAAAAUUGAAUUUUUUGGAUAGACUUCUGAGAAACCACAUGGCUGAGUGUGUUUUUAGCUAAUAAGCUGCUAGCUCGUGAGUAGGCUACCAGUCCAGCUGCCCUUCUGAUUGGCCUGUGAGAUUCUGUGAUUAAUAGGAAGUGGAAAACACAUCUCAGUUGCUUUUGUGUUGAUUGUCAAGUGAGUUGUAAGAUGAGUAGGAUUAUGUUUAUCUGAGUUAUGUUGCUUUGCCAAAUAUGCUAUUUAUUCAUACCAUGUUUGCAGUCCCAUUUAUUAGUUAUCAGGCAAAAUUAUCCUCUCCUCCAUAGCUACAGGUAGAUUCUGUGGUUUCUAUCCAUCCUUAAAGAAAUGUAUGUCUUUGUGUUGGACAGUAGAGGAUCAUCUGUUUACUUACAGAUCUACGGCUAGCAUAGCGUAAGUAGAAAAAAGGCAUUAGAUUACAUCUAUGUAUAAAACUAGGAUGUAGUCUCAUUGAUAACAACCAGUGAUGCCUGUAGAGUCAGUGCCCUUGUUAUUCCUCGUUAUGCAUAACUCUAAGUCUCAAGGUCCUUACACACCAGGAGCGUUUUUUUCGUGUGAUUAUUUCGGACAUCAAUAUUUUUUUUUCGAACCCGUAUCCUGUCGUUUUCCUGUCCUGCGAUAUUGUGGCAUGUAUUUUUUUUCGUAUCAUGUUCGAAUUUUCUUAAGUUUCGCAUACUGUGUGUCCAAUUCUGUCCAAUCAGAUUUCGUAUUUUUGCGACGUCUGAUUCACCGGUAUAUCCAACAUGGCCGACCGGCUGAUGGUUUACGUGUCGGAGAACAGAGUGCUUUUUGAUAAAAAACACAAAUAUUACAAAGAUAAGAACCUGAAGGACAACUUGUGGAGAGUCAUAGCGACGGAUUUCUCAUAUGACAAUGUUUGUGUGCUUUAACAGUUUGCUAAAAGUCUUUGUUUUAACUUUUAUCUGUGCUAAGUAACUUUAGCUCGUAAGCUAACCUGUUCAGAUACAACAUACCAUAUGUAUUUUCACAGUCUCAAACUCAAUCUCGUUGCUGUCAAAGCACCAUUAGGUCUCGGUUGUUACCUUACGUUUAUGUAUUAUAGUUUAAUGUGCUUAUCUGGUACUGGGCCUGACUCAGUACAUGCGAUCAUGACAGACAGCCAUCUCAACACUAGUGUCUAAUCAGAACUGAAAACAGUCAGUCUGGUGUUGGGUCAGUCUUCUCGCUUCCACCCGGAAAGUCGCAAAAUCGCAUCGCGCUUGAUGUGUAUAGUCAGACGCGUCAAAAUUGGCCUCUGAAUAUUUCUUAAUUUCACGUCAUAUAUUUGUGUUGCUCCUGGUGUGUAAGAACCUUCAAAGUACAACCCUAAAUCAGCUUUACAUAUACAGUAGGUCAGGUCAUGUGUGCACCAAAUGCUUGUGUAAACUGAAGUUUUUUCCUUCAGCACAAAUUAUGAGGUAGAAAAUGCAUCAGUUACAAAUGCUAAAAAUAAUUGCGGAAAUAUAAAUAUUGAGAGGCUGAAGAUACAUAUUGAAAAUAACCGUUUUGCCUUUUCUGCAUAAGUUGUUAUAAUCUUGAAUAAUAUACUCUCUUCUUCCUUUUGGGGUCUCAGGUGGGUGGGGUCCUCUGCCUGGUUCUGAACUCCCAGUUGUUCUUUGAUGCUUCAGGCUGCCCUCAGCUGAAAGAGACCCAGGAGACGUGGCUGGAGGAGCAGCUGAGCAGAGCCUCCUCUUUGUCGGUAAAAUCACAUCAGUGACUUAACUUUAUUCUUGUUUGAUUUAUGAAGACAUUCACCCAGAUAAUGUCUUACUCUUAUGUGUCUAGACUUUUAGAUUACUGCCCCUUUCUGCUGCCAAUUACCAAAACAAUCGAAUUUAGUUUUUUGGGAUUAAUACCUCACAUCUGUCUCUGUUUAGGCACCCAAACCCAAACAUGUCCUGGUGUUCCAGCAUAUUCCUCUGUACCUGAAGAGCCCUGAUGAGGAGGAUGACUACUUCAACCUGCAGAGGGGAGUCAGACAAAACCUGUUGAACAGGUUCAAGAAAGCAGGUAGGGCACUUUAAAAUGUACAAAAAAAAAAGAAAACAAGAAAUGAAGGGUUUCAAAUUAUUCAUACACCUCAUUAAAGCAAAAAGUCAUAGAAAACUCAUCAAAUAUUGAAACUGGAAAAUUGUAUUGCUCUAUUAAAAAAUUAUGCUCACUUAAAUUUGAUGCCAGCGACACGUGUUUAGACAGGGACUUGUAGACAUUGUAUUGUAUCACCACUUCUUUUGCCAACAGUCGGGGGUCUCCUUUGUCAUGUUUUUCCUUUCUAAAAUCAGCCAAAUGUUUUCAGCUGUUGAAGUGUCAGGACUGCAAGCAGGACAAUUUAGCACCUGGAUCCUUUUACAACAAAACCAUGCUGUUGUAAUAUGUUUGGCAUGGCCUUGUUGAAAUAUGCCAUCUCUUCCCUGAGAAAGGUAUUGUUCUGGUGGCAGCAUAUGUUGCUUGAGCACCUGCAUAUAUCAUUCUCUGUUAAAGCUCCUAUGAGAGAGAGAGAUCAGAGAGAUGAUUGAUUAUUUGUAUAUAAUAUUUUUAAGCCUAAAACCUUAAAAAUAUUUUCAACAAAGAGUAAAGUUGACUGUCAAUAGUCAGCAGGAUGAGUUUUUUUUUUUUUUUUUUUUUUGUCAAAAGACACAAACUAAGUAUUUAGAGAACAGGAUAUGCAAAGACUCGUUAGCUCAAAGGAAUGCCAAAAUUUGCACAAACCAAAAGUUCCUUUGAGAAGCUUUAAUGGUGGACUCCUGGAUGUAUAAGCUAUCCAUGUCAUUGGCACACGUGUCCCAAUAUUACCACAGAUGCUGUCUUUUAAACUUUGCACUGUAGCAAGCCAGGUGUUUCCAUUUCUUCUUGAGAGAAAAGGAUAUUAAGCGCAAUCAGUCAGUGUAACGUUUCUGCUCCGUAGAGCAGUGCUGUCCAUCGCACACAGGAUGCGUAUUUGGAGCGUCGCAGCAGCGUAGUGCAGCCCUUCACUGUGUAGAUUGACACGUAUUGAAAGUGUAGAGCUGUAAAAACGGACUUGGCGGGUAUCUUUAGCAGAGCCACACUUGAUCCGCUUUUGAUACAGAGCUGUGACAGAGCAGAAACGCGUCCUGUAUGCGAUGCUGCAUUGAUUAGAAUGGCAACCUAUUUGCUGCGUGAUACACAACGCUGACGUUACUCGCUCAAUACGGAUCCUGUAUGUUUUAGCUUUUAGUUGAUCUUAAAUGAGCUUUGGCUCAGAGAUGCAGGUUGUAUUUCAUAUAUACAUGAUUUCACCUCUGCGUGGUACAGUUUUAAUCUGCAUUGGAUGGAGUAGAGGCAAACUGUGUUCAUGGACAGAAGAUGUUGGAGGUGAGUUGGAGCCCAUGCAGUGACUUCCAAAAUUGAAAUGAAAAAUAUAUUUUUCUUCAUGAACAGAAUCAUUUUCCACUUUCAACAUUUGAUAUGUUGUUUUUACACUAUUUUUAAUUAAUAGUGGGGUUCAAGUGAUUCACAAACUUUGUGAAUCUUGACUCAGCAGCCCGCCUUUUUGGGAUUGGGGUUGUAUGUGUUUGACUUCAAGAAGUCUCAAAGAUAUAAAGGUUCUCCCCCCCCAAAAAAAUGAAGGAGCUGCCUCUUAUAAAGACCUUUUUUCAGCCAUGGUUUUUCAAAUUGGAUGGAUUUAGUCCAUUCUGCUGUCUUAAAUUUCUUAUCUGAAUACUGCUUAGCCAUUAUUCUUUUAAAACCUGUUCACUUCCAGCCUAUCUAAAGCUCCGUUUAGAUCUCAGCCCAGAGGAUUAUUAUGCCAUUAGCACCGACCACCAGAGGAACUGCUGUCACUGGCAUAAAACACAGGCAGUAAUUGAAUUAAUUAAUGAAUUCACUCCCCAUAAGAAGAAUAAUACCAUGAUCAGAAUCCACUGCUGAGAGCUUAUCAGAGUCUGGUACAAGGAUAUUGGACAGGGAAACUCUCCCAAGGACAGGGAGUGUGAACAUGUCCACAUUGCUGUAACCAGACAGCUCUGCACAGCUGAUUGACAAGAGUGCUCAUACAGACACGCACCUUUUAAUCAUGCAUCAAGGUGACCAUCAGAGAGUGAUAUUAAUUUCAUUACCAGACAAUUAUUCCAGCAUGCAUUAAAGCAUGUUGGCCUGUUUUGGUCUGAUGGCCUUCCUCCUCUCCCAUAAUUGAUUGGGAACACUGGCGGAGUUUUUAAAGGGCAUUCUCUCCAUCCUUUCUGCAGGAACAGAGUGUAUGUGCGGAACAUGCUUUGCACAAGUGUCCUUUCACAUCCACACUCUUGUUCACACCCCUCAUGUCUGCAAUUAUACAUUCAGACUACAUACAGAACAUGUACUGUAUGAGCUAUAUGCCUCCACGCGCCGCACAUAGUUAUUAAUAACGAAUGGGGGACAUGCGCCCACUUCCUGAAAAGCUGCGUUCACAACAUGGCUUUCCCGUAUCGGUUUGCACAUUCAUGGGUAAGUACAAUAAAUGGCAUUUCAGAUUCCUGCAAGAGAAAGAAGAGAUAUGAUUUUGUGCAAUCUGUGAUUUAUGUUCGAGUAGUCGUAUUUUACUCGUGCAGCCUCUGUCCAGCUCUGCCCCAUACAUAACAAUAGGCCCCUGCAAAAUGUCAGCCUCUAUCGCUUGUAUUUAUCUGCACAUUUCUGUCUCCCCACAGCUGACGGAGACUUCCAAUUUUUCUGAGAAGUUAUCUGUCAAUUUGGUGUCUCAGUAAAGAUUUCUAGUCAAUCAGAUCAUCUGCAGGAAAGUUAAGAAGCAAAGAAAAGUCUGAUUUCCAUAUGAAAAUAAGAAAUAUGAAAUGAAAUUUACAACAUUCAUUGUCAUGAAAAGCUCUUGAGAAGUGUGAAACCUAAAGCAAAAAUCCAACGACUUAACAAAAAAGCGAAGUUACACAAAAGGAAUCCUUCCGCUUAUUGUUGAAUAAUCCAGCCUUUGUCUCUCAGCUUCCUGUGCUCUCCUCUCAUCCUCCUGCCUCUCUUCUUCACAUAGUGGAAGGUUCUUGAAGGCUGAUGGUAUAACGUCUGUACCCUGAGUCCACUACACAAUGUCCUUCAGGCAUGAUUGUCGAACACACCUGCUGUGAUUCUCUCUUUAUUGCACAGUUUAUGGCAAAGCUAUAUCUGUACAUGAAGAUAUCAAAUGAUAAGAUUUUAUUUUGUACAGCAUUUUAGUCCAAUUCUUUAUCGAUUCCCUCAUCAAUUCUUGUGAAUUUUCUGUGUGGAGAAGAGUCUUAGUCAGAGGUUUGGUGUCAACAACACAUAUAUUACCAAGAGAUUUGUUCCCUUCACUGCUUAGCGGAGACAGGGAAGCCUGGCUUCUGCCUGUACAAAUACACUCUGUGAUUACUCAGCAGACCAAAACAAGACAAACAUGAUGGACUUCAUCUUUUGUUAUUGGGAAUCAAACCCAGUUGUUUUGGCAUUUCGACAAAUCAGAAUCAAGCAUUUAACGCAGCCUGAUUACAAAAAAAUCUGUGUAUUAUUAUCAUUGGAAAUCUUCAAUUACUUUUAGUUUUCUGUAACCAAGCUCAUUAUCGUGAACAAAAAUCUGGAAAACUAAAAUGUCAAAAACAUUUUUGUGAACUGGAAUAAAGAUUAAAAUGAGUCUUUAUAAUAAUACAGUAACUAACUUAAACUGCAUUGUAUGUUAGAGAAAACAACUAUGAUUUACAUUAAUAAAAUUUUGUAGAGAAUAACCCUCAUCUUUGACACAGAAACACACGCUGGAGCAGCACUAGGAGUUUGGCUUUGGUCAGGACUGAUACUUUUUUAUUGAAUUUAUCUGUUUCAUAUCGGUAAGCUAAAAAGAUCUUACUGAAAGUCUUUCUCUGAAACACUGACAAAACAGAGACAACCUUUUGACAACCUGCCAACUAUUCAUAUUAAUAUUAAUAUUUAGUCAUACAAGCAAAGCAUACUGAUGCUCCACAGAUAUUAUCCUGAUCACAUUUUGCCCUGGAUGGUAAAGGAAAAUACAUUUUGAGGACACUGUUACACCCAUAUCGUCAUAGAAAAUCUCCUUUUUUUAAUGAUCUGGAUGGAUUUACCUUUCCUAGAUGUCAGGUAGGGAGAGGGAUUAUUAAAAGGGGGAUCUACAUUGACUUAAUUGGAGCAGGAGUGAUGCUCUACAUAGAUACUAUAUAUCCUUGACAAGUUUUCGAAGUUAUACCUGCAAGGUAAGACCCCGGUAGCUUGCUGUAAUCCAUCAUCAGAACCCCUUCCUCAACAUGGAUUCAUCCAUUACUUAAAUGAUGUACUCAGAGUGAGGUACAUGCUAACAAGCAGGGGUGUCCAUACAUUUCAGACUAAGGCAGCCCAGCCUAGACACUGACACUCCUGGGGUGGCAUGAAAUAUAUGAGCCUACAAACCAAUAAAGAGCAUGUAUCAUUUUAAUCAUAUUAUAACAUUGGUGUAGUUAGUUUAAACAGAAAUGCUGUCUCGUAUAAAGCAAAUAACCAAAUAAGAUCCUUUACUGAGGGUCUUUUCUACUCAGCGUAGAACUGUGUUUAUUUUUGGUUUUUGUACACACACGUUUUGGAUCAGUGCACACAAGAGAGAGAGAGAUUUACUUCCCCCAACACAGAUGCAGCCACGGCGGCGGGUAAAUAAAAGCAGCGUAACAGAGUGAUUUGUGACAGACAACAAUGUAGAUUGAAUCUCAGUCCUCUGCUUGUUCUGCAUUUGACACUUAAGUGCAGAGCCCGGCUCACUAACCAAAGAGCAUCGCCUCCUUCCUGUGUCAAAGCCGGUGUCAUUGUUAACGAUGACGGUGAAUUGUGUCACAGCGAUCAGGUAAACUUGCAAUUUCUCCUUUCCAAGUUUGUUGUCGGGGAACAACAGCCACAGCACAACAGCAUCGCUCUUUGUGUGUCUGGGGCUGCGUGACUUAAUCCCGGCACAGUUAGGACUCCCAUCCUAGCCAUAACAGUUCUACCUGCUUGAGGGUGUGUUUUCACUGGUCAGUCACUUGUCUUAAGUCCAAGAUGAUUUAGAAGAGGAAGCAAGCUGUGGCUGUGACUUGUGGCAAUAGGAGCAGCUGUAAGCAUUAUGGAAAAUCAAGGCUAGUUGUCGAUUCAGUGAUAAACACACUUCAUUUUUUGACAAAAUAUCACAAUUUAAGUCCCUAUGUUGAUGAAAUGCUUUCAUGGUGUAUGUUCAGCUAUAGUAAACAAGCACAUGUGAAAGAUGGUUUAUGUGCAAAGUGCAGUUAACAGAUAUUUGGAUCUUGAAAAUAGAAGUCAAGUAAUCUGUAGGUUGUAUCUGUUACACUGACAUGUAAGGCUGGUGGUGCUAGCUCUACUAAUCUUUGCCAGAUUCUGCAAACUAUUUUGACAUUGCUUACCUGCAGAUAUGAUCCAGUGUGCUAUAAUUUGUGCACAGUUGUGUUUUUUUUUUUUUUUUACCUUGAAGUAGGGCUGGGUGAUAAACUGAAAAUUUACCAAUACUGAAAUUUAUGACAAUAACCGACAUCGUGUUGCCCAUAUCGAUAUAUUCAGUGUCAAAAAAUACAAAAAUAAAAGUUGGUUUUUGGAUGUGUGUAGGUUGGCUCAUGGUCUCAUGUCCCUUUAAGACGCUGUCCUACAUCAAAGAUGUGACUCCACCCCGUUCGGUUUGUAACACAGAGGGAAAGACAGGUGAGGAGAUGGAGGAUGGUUAAAAAGUUGUAACAGCUGGAGCGGUGGCUGAAAUAGACGGAGUUAAUGUGGGAGGGGGUGAUCAAGGUGAACUGCUCAAUAUAUUGUAAUAUUGAUUUGAGGCCAUAUCGCCCAGCCAUACCUUGAAGCUUGUCAGGUAGUUUGGAUUUAAAUUUCUCUUAAAACAACUGAGUGACUAGUCCCUUGGAAACAUCCCUAAUCUGAAUUUGUACAAAACCUCACCUAAAACAAACUUCAUGAACACACAUUGCCUUAUUUAUGUGUAUGCCUUUGAGGUAAAAUGAACAAUCUUUCGGAAACAUGCAUCGAGCUGAAGCUUCCUGCUGAGCUGAGUAGCGUGUGGUAAAAUAUCAGAAUAGAGACGCUGCAGGGUAUUAAGAAGAAAAUAGAAAUGGAUCAAGUGUUGCAAAAUGAAAUGGUUACCAUCUGCAUACUGAGGAAAAAGGCACCAAAGAGAGUGCCGUGUGUCUCUUUAUCUUUGCAUUCACGGACUGUGUUUCAUUUCCUCUCAUCCAUGCUAAAUCACGUCUCUCCUGGACAUCAGCUAGAUUGGCUGUAGUAAUUUUUUCCUCCUUUUUGCGUUGAGUUAUUCACGCAUCAUGUGCCUCCCAUGUUGCUCCGUGCUCACCGCUGCACCCUCUGAUCCGGAGCCUCCAGAUGUGCUCUUGUACUCUGGUGAUCAUUACUGUCAUUACAGUAAAGGGCAGCAUCAUUAGCCUCACACACACACACACACACACACACAUACCACACACUCUCUCCCAGUGCAGGCAUGGUAAAGCAUUGGAACGGAUGGAACAUUCAUGCCAUUUUUCUGGAGAGAUUUUCAUUACAGUAAGCAGUUGACAGGAAAACGUCUCUAUCUCUGUCUGUGCAGCCAGCUUUGCUUUAAUUUUUUCCUGGAGACAAAUGCAGCUUUACUGACAGCUGAAGGAUUACAUGUUUUAAAGUGAAAAAAGGAAUUUAGCUCGAGGAUCCCUUAUUGAAGCACUUUAUAAUACUCCAACUGUGUUUCCCUUUAUCAAUAGCAGACUGAUGCUAUUCAAAAUACUCUUCAAGGACGUUCAUCUUAGUUAGCUGCCUGUUUCUCUGAGUUUGCCUCUCAGCAGAGUGAAACAGUCUGACUGUAACAAAGAAGUGAAAUUGAAUCGCUCUGCUCAGUCUCUGUUUCAUAAUUCUAAUUCUACAGAAAGCAGCCUUGAAAUGGAAUCGCUGGAUGUUACACAAAUGUUUCUUUGGCUUCACAUCAAACCUCAUAACACGUUGUCCAUCCACUCUAAAGGUGUCUCUCUGUGGCGUCAGUUGCCUCAAAGCAGCUGAGGAUUUGGCUCAGCCGUCGCGAUCCCCCCCACCUCUCUGGGAAAGUGUGAUGGGAAUAGAAAAUAUAGUCCCCUGCAGACAAAGAAAUACAUGUAAUUGAUUUUUCCUCACUAGGGUAUUUUUCAUUCUUCUCUCUACUUUUUCUUCUCAUAGCACAUAGAGAUGUUUGAGUAAUGGUUGAAGUGUGACUGUUUAUUUUGUACAGUAUAUUCUGUGCGUGUGUGUGUUUGUCUUUGAAUAUAAAUCACUUUGCAGUUGUGCUUUUCCUGACACAUGAUGUAUUCUCGCAGAAGUAUAUCUCACCGUUGACUAUAGCGUAUGUAUAUGUAUGUUAUCACAGCCACACAGCCGCACAUUGGGGAGAGUGCGACACCAAUUAGUCUUCCUGUGGCUCAUCAGAGCGAGCAGCGUCACUUCAGGGAAACUGUUGACUGCAUCCCAAACCAUAUUUAUGAUGCUCUGCUGCGGUGUGAUGACCCCCUCAUGGUUCGGAUACUAUCUGGCAAUCUGUUUUUAAUUAUUGAAGCAAUUACUAUAAUUUUUUUAUUUGACAGUGAAUUGGUUUGUUAUUGCCUUCUAACUUUAAUUUUAACAUGCUCUCUAGUGCUUAGUUUCAUCAGAGUCCAAACCUGAGAAUAGGUUUCCUGCAGAUCCUUGAGGAGUUGCAAAAAGUCUUCUAAUAGACCUGGCCUUAAAAGUCUUUAAAAGUCUUAUUGUCUCUUGUGAAGGGUCAUAAGUUUUAGAUGGCGCUUUGACUGAAAUAUGUCUUAUUUAAAAUUGACACUGUGACAUUGCCACAUACCAAUAGACUUUGGUGUAUGAAAAACAGUCCAUAUUGACAGCAAAAGACGGCAGAAUGCAACCAGAUAUAAUCAGAGUAUCCCCGGGGUCUUAAAAAGUCUUAAAAUAUCUGAAAUCCAAGAAUUUAGAUUUAAGGCCUUAAAAUGUCUAAAAUUCUCUUAAAAUCUCAUAAAAUGUCUGAAAAUGUUUUGAUGUUACUUACUAAUAAAUAAUAUGCCAUCAAAAUUAAGAUUGAUUGGAAGUAAUGUAAAAUGUUCUGAUUUCUCUUCAUGACUUUUCUAAAAAAAAAUCUUAAAACGGCUUAAAAUUGACUUUUUGAAACCUGCAGAGACCCCCUCCAACACACACUCACUGCACUGAGGAGCUGCUUAAAGGUGGGGUAGGCAGGAUUCCGUUAAGGAAGCAUGUUUUUUGUGGUGCUUUUAAUAUCAGUCAAUAGAUAUUAGUUAUUGAUGACAUAUUGUAAUACAACGAUAUCACUGCGUUCUGUUAUGUCUGUGUAGUCAACAUUUUAAAUUUUUUGAGCGGCCCUUUCUUUCUGACCAUAAACAAAGCUUUUCUCCGCCUCCCCCAACCUGGUUGGUUGUGAGGCAGAUGCUGCUUCUUAUUGCUGAUUGGUCCACAUCCUCGAAUAAUGUUCACGAGCCCAAACAAAGUUAGCGUGCUACAAUAUCGGACAGUGAAAACCAACCAGAAAGUAUGGAAAAUUUUCUGAAUCGUCUUUGACGCUCCUAUAAGACGCUUCAGAGUCUUAUAUAAAUUUUUUUUUUUUUUUAGCUCUCAGUUUCUUCAUCCUUUAAUUUAUCUUUUGUAUUUGUAUUUAUGCUGCUGUAACUCCGGAAUUUCCCCCUUCAGGACCAAUAAAGGUAUAUCUUAUCUAGACCCUGUAUAAUAUGUUGGAGAAAUCCUGGCUCUAUCUGCUGUGAAGAGUCUUUACUGUUGACUUGGACUCAACUCAAGCUUGGAACACUGAUGAUUCGGGACUUUACUGGGACUCGAGGUUUGGUAACUCGAAUGCAAGAUGAGUCAGAAGUCUUUCAUCACUAACAGCUGGCUACCCUGGAAACACAGAGAAGAUGGUCAUUGUUCUUGGAGGCAAAUCUGGCCGUCAAACAACAGCUGAUUGAUUGUGACAGUGCUUUGUAGAGGAAUUUCACCCUGUACAGUAAGUUUGCUGAAUACAGCCCCAAAGCCCUGGUACCCUAGAGGAAGUACUUUACUCUUGUAAUGAGCCUCUUUGUGCUCCCUCAUCACUGUCAUACUUCUAAUCAAAGUAAAUAAUGCCUUCUGUGGCUUACCUAUACCAAUUUAUCACUGUAUGGAUACAACUCAGCUGGCAUUUACCUCCUGCGAGCAGAGGAAGAAAAAUAUGCAAAAAUGAUCAGUUCCACACUCAGUGAGGAUGUUGGGUUUAGAGAGAACAGGUUUAACGUACAUCCAGAAUCUCUUCAGAUGAGAUUGAAUUCCCUUCGCUGGGAUUCAGUGUCUCCUCUCCAAGAGGCAAGUGUAGUAGCAGAAACCUCAGCAGCGCUCUCAGCCUCUCCUCUGCUCGUAGAUGGUUGUACUGUAAUUAGAUUUCUUUGCCCCCUUCCUUCUCCUCUUCCUCCUACUCCUCUUCCACUCCCUUCAAGGUUUAUAUCUUGCAUUCAGGAAACCUUCGGCACGUAUAAACAAGGACAAAUGAAAGCACACUCGGAUUUACAGAUGCACACUUCGGCACUGCCUCCAAACACUGUUUAUGUAUCGAGGAAAACAAAACCCAGCGUGAAGCUGAGAAAUUUAUUGGAAUUCCCAACAUCGCUGGCGGCUGUAGAGUUGUACAUACAGUAGCUAAUUAGAGGCAAAGAUAAGCGGUGUGCUGCUCUGCGUAGUUGCUCCUUUUUCUUCCUGUCUCUCACUCUCGCUCUUUCUGCCGCUGGUUAUCUUUAUCAGCAUGGGUCCUUCUCUGUUCAAAAGCGAAGAUACAUUUAUCACCCUUAGGGAGUUUGAUAAGAGGCCACAGUUUAACCCCGUUGUUUUUAAUGAUGAGGCCGUAUAACCUUUUUUUUAACCUUCUCUUUUUUUUUUUCACUCUGAAAUCAAAGCUGAGAACUGAUGAGGUGCACUUAGGAGGUAUUCUGGUACAAAUGGGCUGAGUUUGUCGGGGUGUGAGAUUUCAGGUAAGGGGGAGAUGGUUUGAUUACUAGAGGACAGCUAGAGUAAUAGAUUCAUGAGUCUAAAGGCUUAUCAGGAAUGUAGAAGUGCACAGCAGUUUGAAAUACCAAGAGAAUAGGUUUCUUAUCUCUUGGAGGUUAUCCCUGUGAGAGGUUUGUUAUUCUUCUUUGCCACAAUCUGCAAGUAAAUAAGACUGAACCUUAACCCACCAGGCCACGGUCCAAUAGGAGUGUGUAUUUGAGAGCUAUUGAUCAUAGGUCCGUAUGGUAUAGUACCUUGAUAGUUUGGAUUUCAUUGAGCUUCGGUUUCAAUAACCUUUUUUCUUUUCAGUCAAAAGGACUUGGAAAAAAAAAAGAAAACUGUUUUUAUACCCUGGUAUGAGCAGGAUAUUAGUAAUAGGUAAGAAAAAAAAUCUCAGACAUGAGAACAGAGCAAAUUUAGUUUAACUGCCCAAAGUGGAAGGUUUGAAUUCAGACCUUCACUUAAGGAAAGCUUCUUGGUUAUCAGCAUCAUUGUAAGCAGUAGUCGUCCUUACUGCAGCAACAUAACUGUUUUGUUUUGACUGAUCUUGGAGCAGUAGAAAAAGCUGAAAAUUUGAUUCAGUAUAAAAGGCAUCAUUUGAUUUUGAAAGUCUCCAAAAGGAAAAAACUGUUUUCCUACUUCAUGCCACCGAAGAGGUUUUUUCUUGUUGGUCGUAUUCCUCACUGUCCAAUUGUUGUAAGAUCCUCAAUAGCAGUCUAUUUAACUUCAGUCACAAAUAUUUAUAAGUAACAUCUAAGCUGAUAAAAGUUCCAAAGCUUCUCGAUAUCAAAGAUUUGCAUUUUCAGCCUUUAACAUACUGCAAAAUCUGAGUAAAUCUUUCCCUAGUGAGGAUUUAAUUGAACGUGCAGUUAUGGCCCUCAAGAUUUCCUGAUUGCAAGUGAUUGUGGAUACAACCUCUGAUUGGUUGACGGACUAACACAAAGGUGGCUGCCUUUAUUUAGGAUAGUCAACUGACAACUAGGGCUGUAAUCAACCUAAGAAAUUCUUGGUGGCCGUUCUCUGGUGGGUUAGGCAAAUCCAAAAUGGUGGAAACAAGGUGGGUGUUCUGAGACAGGCUGUGUCCUGUGAAACAGGGGUGCUCUGAAAACACCCCCAUUAGCACUUGGUACAUUCCUCCUGAUGAAAUUAACCUCAGACUGUAAGUUGACACGGAAAAAAACGAGUCAACUCAGCAUCUACCAAUAAGUCAACCAGUCAACAAGGACUUUACAGCCCUACUGACAACUGAACUGACACUAACAUUAAACCAAUUUGCCACAGCACACCUUGACCUGAAGGUAUUGGAUUGAGACAACCUCUGGAAUUUCACUGACCCGCUGUGUGACAGAAAAGUCUCUGGAUGAUGCAGAAAUAGAUCUAUUAGCCAUAAAGCUGCGGGUCUCACGAAGCGAGUGUAUUUUACUGCAAUUCUCAUUUGUAAGCACAACAAUAUGAUAUUGUGUACAAUCCCACUUUGCCUUUGUCAGCCAUGAUAACUUCCUCAGUUCUUGGCUUUGCGCUGAUUGCCUUUUGCAAUUUAUCAAGUCAUUGUUUUGUAAGGCACGUGGAGCUAAUUGGAUGUCAUUGGAUAAGAGAACUGUAGAGUGUAAAUGCAAAUGAUGUCAAUAGCUUGAUCUAGAUGAAACCGGUUGAAAUCUAGAACCACUUCUUGCGCCCGCACUUGUCUCUAGUCAACAUCCCAAAGAAACAUAAUGAUCACAGCUUUAUGAGUACAGGCUGAUGAGGUCCCAAGUUGGGUCCCAGGUGACCAAAAGGCAUGUUUGUGCUCAGAAGGAUGGAUGGCAUGCUGACUACUUUCAUUUCCCAGCUCUCUUUAUGAGUGUGUGCAUUAAUGUGUGUUUGAUAUGAGCGUUGGCGACUGGAGGACCCAGGGAGGAGAUGCUGCGCAGUGACUGAUGGCUGAGAGUGAUUUAUGGGAAAGCAGGCCUGCAACAUGCCUCGCCACACCACAUCUCUCUGUCAUGCAAAUUAUCAACAGCCAUCCUUUCAUGAUAAAUUAUUACCCAGACCUGCACUUUAAUGACAUCCGCCCUUAUAUACAGGCACACAUGUUCACUCCUACGCAGCGCAGUCUCGCAGAUGUGAAGACGACGUCUUUGUUCAGAACCGCGUUAAGAGUUUUGGUCAUAGAUGAGGUUGAAAAAAGGAGGAAUUAUCAGAAGGAAUGGCUUUUCCUGUUGGCGCUUUCUGAUAAAAGAGGUUUAGGAGCAUGAUCGAAACUUAGCUCACAAUUAGCAAAUCCAAUUAGUGACCAAGAGAUGAAAGGGAGAUGAUGGAGGGUAGGGAAGGAGGGAAGGGGGAUUGAGGGAGAAGGCAUCAAACAAGAUUAGGUGUGGAUGGAGGUUUUCCUUUUUUUGUCCUGUAUUCCUUCAUUUUAUAGUCAUUAUCAGUGAAACAAUAAGAAUUUAAAAAAGGGAACAUACAGUACUAAACGCAUAAGAUGAUUUUGAUAAGAUGCAAAAUAUAAAAAUGAUAAAAUAAAGUCAAGAAGGAUGCAUGGCAGAAGGGACUCCCUUCUCUUUUCUGUGCAUUUUUCUGCAUUUCCAUUUUGAAUUCAAUUUGACUGCAGGUAAUUUUCCUCCGUUAGCAUUCAAUAUGUUUUCAUCACCCUGACUGCUUACUCUGAGUGUUUUCUGAGCACACCAUCACCCACCUUCCCUACUUGCCACAGUAACCGCCUCUCCAUCUUCCACCCCAUCCCCCCUCGCACCCCUUAACUUUGUCUGUCAAAGCAAAGGCCAUUUUCCCAGAAGGGAGUCUUUGUCACACAGAGAAGCACAAAAGAAGCAGCACUGUUUCAAGGCUGACAGGUAAAUGGGAUGUCCUCAGAGACAAGACGUGGAAUUAUCGGCACUGAGAGGAGCGCGCUUUCACAGGGGCAUCCACUCAGCGGGAAAAGAGAACAGGAAGAAUUCAGCAGAGCGUGGCAAAGAGAUGGACACAGGAUGAAAGUGGACUAAAUAAUCUACUGAGUGUGAUACUACGACCCCUUCUCUCCUGGCAUGACUCAAUCAGUAAAGCAAGACAAAUAUUUAGCACGUUGAAAUGGAGCAUUUUCUAUGCAGCUGAAUUUGUUCGGCAUUGUAUUGUUAUUUGAAGAUGAAAGCUUCUUUUCCAUCUAUUUUCUAAAGAGAAGAGCCCAGAUUGCAUUCAACAGUUAUGUUCCCUCAAGGCGAACCACACUGAUUGUUCUGAGAAAUACUCAGGGGAACAAUGCACAAGGAGUGGGGUGCUUUGAUUGAAGCAAAGUGUUGGAAAUGGGCUUUGUAUCAUAUUUCUUUAUUGUCAAAUCAAGGCCAUUUGCUCAGAGGGGUGCCAGCCGUCUUUACUCUGGAAAUCAUGGUAGCCCACAGCAGGUCGUGUUAGUCCACAGGUUUUCUUUCCAUAAAGAGCUAAAGCAGUCAUCCAUCUAAGUUUUUUUUUUUUCUUUUCUCAUAAAAGGUAGGCGCAAGGUGAAAUAAGCAGCCGAGCAGCUGUGCUGUUUGAUGAUAAAGAAAGUCUGCAGACUCUUGGCUAAUAAAAGAGAUGUGCUAACUGAGAUCCCUUCCAGACACACUUACUAUUUAGCUCAAAUAAUGAGUGCAACCCAAAUAGAAAAAGAAUAACUCCCGCAAUGUUUUAAAAAAAUUAUUUUUAGGCCAUUUUACUUCUUUGCAGAGGACAGGACAGUGUGCAGAGCAAGGAAACAGGAAGCGAGAGCAGGUGGCAACAUGUGGAUGGAACAGGAGCAACAGGCUAGGGCUGGGCGAUAAACAGGAAAUUUACAGAUACCAAAAUUUACGACAAUAACCAAUGUCAUUUUGCCCAUAUAAGUAUAUUCCGUGUCGAGAAAAUAAAUAAAAGUUGGUUUCGGAUGUGUGUAGGUAGACUAUAGUCUCAUGUCCCUUUUAAGAUGCUGUCCUACGUCGGAAAUGUGACUCUACCCCAUCCAGUCCCAUAAAGAGAGAAAGACAGGUGAGGAGAUGGAGGACGGUUCAAAAGUUGGAGCAGCUGGAGCGGCAGCUGAAGCAGACAAAGUUAAUGUGGGAGGGGCUGAGCAGCUUGUGGAGUUGUUAUCAUCUAUUUAUUGUUAUCAAGGUGAACUGCUCACUAUAUCAUGAUAUUGAUUUGAGGCCAAAUCACCCAGCCCUACAACAGGCUGUGAGCCAACCUUGGCCCAUUGCUCAAGACCUCUGUAUAUGAGGUGGGCACACAUAUACCGAAAGGCCUCAACUGUAGCAGCUAUGAUUGGAAGCUUAUAAAGGUGGUUUACCUUGUGGAUCUCCUGUCAAGUAAAAAACAAGCUAUAGAUAAACUUUUUUUCCAUCAUAAAUGACUUUUUUUAAAAGUUUCAAAAAUUCUUAUUAGUAUUACUUUGGCCAUUUGAUUACCAUAACUGUGGGGAGACCAAUUCAAAUACUCAUGUCCCGACUUAAAUACAUCAACCACAAUUGGGUUUAUUGUCAUGAAACUUGGUAAGUAUUGUUAUGGUCCCAAAAAAUAAAUUUUACAUAUGUGGUUAACCCUUCAUUUUCCUCCAGUCACACUGCAUCAAGUUUAACAUUCGUGGUCUUGAAUGAAAUGUCUCAACAGCUUUUGGAUAAAGUCUUAUUGAAGUUGGCUCAGUGUUUAUAGCAAAUGUUUACAUGCUAACACAGAAAUUAAACUUAAUGAAUGUCAAACAGCAAUAUGAAAAAGCUGUCAUUAUGGUGUUAACAUUUAGCACAAAUCACUGCUUUCUGGUGGUUACCCAUAGGUACUCAAUUUUAACCCUUCACUCCUGUCUCUGAUUGGUUGAAUCCAACCAUAACAACAACCUGGAUAAUCUCAGCAACCUUGUUUAAAGUGUGUACCAGCUAAAGGGCCUUAAAAGUAGUACUUUUUCAUUAUGCUUGAGUUGUGUGUUCAAAGUUAAAUCAAUGCUUUUGUAUUUUCUAUGAUAGGGCUUUGAAGUAUUGUGAGGGUAUUCAGGGUUUUCAUUUCGUUUUUAUUUUUAUUUUGUGUAAUUUUGUCCCCAUGAAGCAAUCUCAGCCUCCACAGCUCACUCUAGAAAGAUUUUUUUUCUCACAUUCAUUUUUGGCAGACAAUUUCAGGGUCAGCUUCAUCUUUUUACUGCAUCGUAAAGGGGAUAGCUUGCUUUUUUUUUAUUUAUACUUUUUUUGAUUGUUUAUCUUUUAUUCAUGCUUGCUAUCUUUUGGAGGUAAAGUAAGGCUUUUCUGUCUUAGAUAGGCUGUCAUUUUUCUCAGAUCAUUUUUAGCAGGAGUGGGGGGGCAGGUGUGGAGUGGUUUGCCUUCUAAAGCCUACGUAACGACAUGCCUCUAAAAAGGAGGUGCCCCUCGAAUUCAGGUCAGGGUGUCAUCUCUUACUCUUGGCUGAAUUGUUUUUAUGAAAUCAGUUUUGGAGCGAGCAGCUUCAUUCCACAAUAGAUGCGUGUUCCACUCAAAAUCUCAGCUCUGCUUCAGACCUUGAAAGGAGGCCUUAAGUGCGCUGCGAGGAAGAUCCAAUUUUCGCUGGUAGACAUUAGACAGGUUAGCCAAGCGCAACCCUCACAGGGCCCAUGAACCUCUGAGAGAAAAUUAGGAGGUGAGAGCACAGGAUCGAAUCAGUUUUAAAUGUUCAUGGAAAAAAGCUUACUCUGUUUGGCUGAGAGCUUUUAAAGGCACCACCAAUUGUACGCCAAAUCUCCAUCAUACCAAUGCUUCCCACACAAAGACCAUAUCUUGGCGGAUAUGAGCCACUAAAUAAUAUUAGACAACAUUUUUACAUUUUUCUGGAUUUAUCCGUGUAUAAUCACCUUCCCUUUAAUGAAAUGGAGACUUUGUCGCUGUGUUCUCCUCUGGUCUGAAAACCUGUGGCGUGGUUCUUCAAUGUCUCUCAUACAAACGCAGCAAUUUAGGUGCAGUGUCUCAUGUUAAAUAUACCACUGUUUAAAGUUACGUGCAGCUGUCACAGUAUUUUUCACCAUCUUAGUUUUAGAUCACUGCAAAACAUUUCCUUAUUAACAAGUCGUUUCAUGCUGACCACCUGUUGUGACAAUGUUAUAUUGAGUGAAUUAUGUCCAGAUGCUUGUUGCGUUGUUUAGGCAUUGCUAAUUAAUUACUAAGUAUUGUGGAAAGAUAGUUAAAGAGAAAUAACAGAUGGUGGGACGGGACACAGCUGUGUGCAUUAAGAGAGGAAUGCUGUCAGUGUGUGUGUGUGUAUGUGUGGAACAGGGGAUGUACUUCAGUGGAUACCCCUGCCUCACAUACAUUUAUUUUUUGCCACAAUAAAAAACAAGUAAUGUAUUUCAGUGUUUUUAAAGUUAAAACUGUUUGGCCACCAAUGCCCCUUUAUAUCACAUUUCUUUUCAUAUGAUAUAAUUAAUUGAUCCAACAUAAUUUCUAGUUUCAAGCAAUUUGAAAAUAUGGUAUCAUUUAGCAAAGAUUAGACUUUAAAGACCCACUCCGAUGAAAAUCAUGUUUUUCAUGUUGUCUACAUGUUCAUAUGGCAUUUUUCUGAAGCUGCAGGACAUAUCAUGAGAAAACUAAGUGUGUGAAAAUUGCAUUUCUGUGUACUUCUGCGUUAAAAUCGCUGUGAAUGUCUGGCAGACCCAAACAACAGGUUCAGACACAGUGAGAUUUCCUAUGUAACAAAUCCAAGCUCUGCUUUGCUAGCCAGUCUCGGAGACAUAGGGAGGACAGUCGCGGAACAAGCGUGUGCGUUAGCGGAUUGCAAUGUUUGUAAAAAAGCUAAUUAUGAUAUUAACUUUCAUCAUGUUCCCAAAAGACAUUAGUGUCCGAGAGCUUAAGAGCUCUAAUGUUAGCUGCUUCUUCUACUGCACCGGCAAUGUUAGGCUGCAAACUAGCGUGAAGAGGAGUGUGAAGAGGAGUGUACAGAGCAGCGAUGUCUCCACCCACGACUCAGAGGUGAAUUGCUAAUGAGCUACUGGAGCUCUGCAAAAGAAAAGCCUUUGACAAUGACACAGGUAAUGUGAUUUUGGCGAAAAACUUCAUUACUAUAAUUUUAAAACCACUGAGAACACUUGAAGUUGUGAAAAAGUGAUCAGAGCUCAAUUAUGUCUACUUUAUGUGGCUUUAACAAGAAAGCUGUUAAUUGCCACAACAGCUUCCCCUCAAUCAUUAGAGAAGCCCAUCAACUAAAAGCCAAGAUUGCAACAGCCAAUAACCUACACUUGAAUUUAUGAAAAAGGUAGUCCAAAAACCACAGUAGCUACGUCGCUACGGUAGCUAUUCUGUAACAAACGCAGAAGAUGUUAUUCCUUUAUACUUCAAGCCAUGACCCACUAACAAGCUGCACUAGUCUUGGACAUGCAUCACAGAUAUGUCACGUACAUAUGAGGGAAGCUCACUGCCAUUGCGCGGGGGUGUCAUGUGGUGUGCAUGUGGGAUACGGAUCAUGAGCCACAUGGCGACAUAACUCAAAGCCCGUGAGAUAUGUUUAUUCAUACACACAGCAACGCUCCCACAUGCCGUAUUUGGCGGCAUGAUUACUCACUACAUCUUCAGGAGUUCUAGAGGCAGUUUAGAAAAACCAGCCAUCUAAAAAAAAAAAAAAAAAAAGGUUUUCUUCCCUGCUGAUUUAUUCGUCAUUACUAUAACAGUAUUAAUUUCCUGUCUAUCACUUCCUUACUCUUGCUGUCUGGUGUCUACCUCCCACCACCUCAUUUUUUCUGAGGUGACAGAGGAGUCAUAGCCCUUGUGUGGUUACUGUACUGAAUCCAACGUUUCCGCAAUCAGAGUCGCUAAAUGAGUCAUCAGGUGAUCCCAUCAAAGGUUUUCCAUGCUUCACACUUCUGCUGCUUGGCUUUGUUUUCAUUUGCAGAGUCUGAGUAAUUGUAGAUGAGCUGUGUAGUUCCUCUUAGAGCACAUAAAUAUACUGUCAGUAGGGAGAGAAGGCACCACAGAGCACGCACUCAGUAGAUUAGAGGUCUGGAAACAAAUGGAGAAAGCAAAUAUACAGUACGGUAUAUUAUACACAUGAACAAACACUUUGAAGUGACCCUAGAUAAACGUGUAAUACUAUGCAGCUGCUGACCUGGAGCCAGAGCCCACUGGCUUAAAAGAGAAUCUCUUCAGGGUGAGACCAGAUCCCUCUGCUUUGCAUCAGGGUCCUGGUCUCCCUGUCUGAGUUCUGAUUGCCAUAACCACCUGUUCACUAUACAUUACCUCACCUAUUACUUAAAUACAUCUAAAAGCUUAAAGAAGUUGACACAAACUAUUCAUGAUACAUUGAUUUAAAACUGAUUUAUUUAUUAAAUGAAAACGAUAGACCCUCCAAAUAGGGCUUGGCGAUAUGGCCUCAAAUCAAUAUCACAAUAUAUUAAGCAGUUCAUGUUGAUAACAGUAAAUGGACGAUAACUACUCCACAACCUGCUUACCCCUUCCGACAUUAACUUCCUCUACCUCAGCUGCCGCUACAACUUUUAAACCAUCCUCCAUCUCCUCACCUGUCUUUACCUCUUUGUUACAGACUGGAUGGGGUGGAGUCAUGUCUUCAACGUAGGACAGCGUCUUAAAGGGACAUGAGACCAUAGCUCACCUACACACAUCAGAAAACAACUUUAUUUACCACAAUAACCAAAAUGACUUUGGUUAUUGUGGUAAAUUUCAGUAUCAGUAAAUUUUCAGUUUAUCGCCCAGCCCUAGCUCCAAACUCUCAGUCAUUAGGCUUUUAUUCACAUCAGCCUCCUCACGGUGAGAAGUGACAACUCAAGGAUAAAAGCCUCAGGAAACAUUAUUUAACAUUUUGCUAGACUUUUUUUACCCUUGCUGAUUAAAUAUGAUCUGCGUGUCCUUGGCCCUCUGUUAUAAAGAAUUGAGUACAAUUGUAUUAAUUGCAACGAUGUAAUAAUGUCCAUUAAUAUUAAUUAAAGGUUCUUACCUAUGUCACCUCAAUAAUUAAAAAGACAAUUUUAAAGAAACUUCUGAAUAAGAACAAAAGUUAGCCUCCUGUAGUAUUUUCUGGAGGAAUUAAACCAUCAUAUAUAUCACGUCCAGCAUGCCGGGGGCGUUUUGUAGCAUGUCAGGGUUUCGGUACCCAAGGGGCCCCUAACUCCAGAGCUGCAGCUUGACACCUGCUUUUGUGGUCACCUAGAACAACAGCAAGGUCAUGCAAAAGGCCAUUCUACUAAAACACAAACACACACACACACACAAUCAGGUUUAUUAACUGUGAGGCCCAUAAUAAUAUUGCUGUAGACUGACCCGUAAACCUUACACAGCGCUGCUGCUUGAGAUUUACACUGGGAAUGAAUGAGGCGCAGGCAGAAGCACACACACACACACAAAUACCCUAACUCAUCAAUUUCCAUCUAUGGCAGAUUAAUAAUUAAAUGGUCCUUCUUGUGCAACUGCUGUCCUCACAUAAGUCUGAAAAUUAAUAUAAAUCCGGGUCAUUUGUAUUCUGGUGCCGUUGGAUUAUGUUAAAAAGGCAGACUUGAUGAUUCAGGGUAAUUUCACUCAACCAAAAGCCCACAGUAAAAAACAAACCCUCCACUCUAGCUAUACAUGCAGAGUUGAAUUUAGGGCUGAAACGAUUACUCGAGUAACUCGAGUAACUCGAUUAAUAAAAUUCCUCGAGGCAAAUUAUAUGCCUCGAGGAAUCGUUUAAAUCCGGAACCAUGUGCAGCGCACGGUGUUUGACACGGACGGUAAUUUCUGUUGCGCAGAAGCGUGCUCUUUCCGCUCCUUCCGCUGCCGCGCGUUUGGUUCAAUCAUGGAGGGAAACGAGGACAGACAGAAGCUGUGUCCGAAAUGGCAUACUGCCUGCUAUCUACUUACCUACUCAAGCAGUAGCUACUGCCUACUGACUACUCAAAGAUGAUUUGAGUAUGCCGCGGCUGCCCGAGCGUUUACACACAUACAUACUAAAUACCCCAGAAUGCAUUUCGUGCCGGCCGGACGCAGCGCCGGGAAAAUUUAAAUAGUCCUACCACAAGCUACAUAGAACGACUGCAUACCGGACAAAUUAUAUAAAUUCAUUCAAUAGUAAUAUUUUUUCUAGCGAGAAAGUAAGUGUUUACAUCACGAUUAUGAGCCCAGUUGUUUGAAAUAGUGGCUGUUUGUAAAUUUGUCUCGGCGUUUUCGGAGACCGAAGCGUCAACUUGGUCGGUGUUUGCGUCUAUUUACCGUAAACACCGGGCAGCAGCAGCUCCCCCUUCACGUUUCCAAAUUAUUGCGAAGUGUUUUCAUAAUCAACAUCUACACGACACAAACCGGGCGGCAGUGGAUGAAAAAAAUCACACAAACAUCCGUGUAUCCAUGGUGAUAAUGCUAUACACCACCUGCUAGGCGUGUGAUGAGCAGCAGAGGGCUGCAAAAUGACCAACACACAACAACAUGUAAAUAAAAAUGUAACACUUUUAUAUAUUGAAUAAAUGUACAUUUGCUUGUCAAAUUAUGUUAGUAUCCAAGAAUUAUAUUAUUUCAGCCUAUUAAUUAAACAAGUAAAAUUAGAUCCAAAGCCUGGAAAUAGUUGUGACUGGUUUAGUGAAAACUGCAAAGAUCAUUACCAUAGCAAUUAAAAGACCAUCUGCAGACCUUGCCUUCAGUAGUUUCAUGUGAACUACAUGGUAAAAUGUAAAACUUUUGGUUCCUGAUUUAUGCAGUAAAAAUAUUCAUUUGAAAGACCUGGCCUAUUUCAGUUUUGUGUGUUACUGAUGGUUUUUAAUGAGGCAAACGUGAUUCAAUGCAAAGUAUUACAGUGAGAGCAAAAUAUUUCUUAUCCGAUUACUCGAUUAAUCGACAGAUUAAUCGAUAGAGUACUCGAUUACUAAAAUAAUCGAUAGCUGCAGCCCUAGUUGAAUUUGCAAACACAUGAAAGACAUUUGAACACACUCAUCCCCUUUAUUAGUCACAUUGAUCACAAAUACAUUUGAACUUGGAGACAUGGAUUCUCAUAGUAAGGAAUAAAGGCUCAAACUUAGCCCAAAAUAACCCCAGCUGAAUAUAUUUCUGAGCGAGUGUCUAACUUUCAGACACAGUGGAGUGCACCCCUGGCUGAAUGAGAGUCAUGUUUGGCCGUUUAAAGUCUGCAGCCAUAUCAGCAGUGGUGACACAGCACCACAGCCUCAGAGCCCAGCCAAAGCCUCACUCCUCUGUUAAUGAUGCUGUGUGUGUAAUUGAAAAGAAAUUGAAAAUCGUGUCUCUGCUGAUGAAAGUUCAGCCAGUUUUUCAAAUGUACAACGAGAAAAAAAGCUUUUAACUGUGUUUCUUUCGUCUCUCUUUCUUCUUUCUUUUAUUCCUACAUGGUUUCCUUCUUUAAUUCUUUCUGUUCCCGACCUUCACAUCCAGCAUCUCCUAUUCUUUCUUUCUUUCUUUCUUUCUUUCUUUCUUUCUUUCUUUCUUUCUUUCUUUCUUUCUUUUAUUCUCUGUCUUAUUUUUCUUUUUUUUCUUUCUUUCUUUCUGUCUUUGUUUUAUUCUCUGUCUUAUUUUUCUUUUUUUUCUUUCUUUGUUUCUUUCUUUCAUUCUCUUUAUUUUCUUUCAUUCUCUCUUUCUGUCUUAUUUUUCUUUCUUUCUUUCUUUCAUCUUUCUUUCUUAUUUUCUUUCUUUCUUUCCUUCUCUAUUUUUCUUUCUUUUCCUAUUUUUCUUUCAUUUUUUCUUUCAGGUUUUUUGUUAAUUUUAUAAUCUUUGCCCUUUUAUGUCCUACUACCUUCUGUCACCACUAUCUCUUUUGUCUUCUCAUUCCUUCUUUAUGUCGUCUCCCAACUCUCUAUUUUUUUCACGCUUUUCACCUCCUACUAUUGUCUUUCUUUCCUUUUUUCUCUUAUACUUGUUUCUUUUUUCUUCAUCAGUCUCGUUUGAAUUUUCCCUCUUUUUUUCCAGUUUUCUGUCUUCUGUGACUUCUCUCCUGAUUCCUCGUCUGUCUCCUUCCUUCAGCUCUUCACCCUUCCUUCCUCACUUCCUCCUUCUUACACUCAUAAACACAUUUAUUCAACUCUGUGUGAAAAAAUGAAACUCUUGAUAUUACACAACAGCAGCGCCCUGCUUCUAUAUACUCAAAUUAUUUAUAGUCAUUUUAUGCAAAUAGAAGGUGCUCUUCUGUGUAGCUAAAAUCAUAAUGUACUCAUCUGUGAGAAAUUGAUAUAGAAACAACAAAGUUAUGCAACAGGUCCUUUUUUAAAGAAACAAAGGAGGCGGUUAUAGUUGUUAUUUUUAAGCUGUAAAUCUCUUGAUGCAGCACACAUAGUUCAACAGUGAUUAUCUCUACACCAGUCAACUCCAUCAGGACACUUUGAGGUCAUUUUAUCACAAGAAGUCUUAAUAAUUGUUCAUGCUGCACCUUUAUUUUGAAAAACUGAAGCAGAGAGGUAGACAUAAUGUAAAUUAACAUGACCUCCUUUAAUAGCAUUGCACAUAUUGAUAUUAAACUUAUUUUAGGUAAAAUUGAUGCUUAUGGAUUUUAUGUUUAAUGCUUGUAUUUUUAUUUCUUCAUUGAUGUACCAAACUCUAUUUCACCUUCAUUUCUUCCACAGGGGUGAAAGCCGUCUUUUCUGGCCAUUAUCACCGAAACGCUGGAGGAUGCCACAGUGGCCUGGACAUGGUGGUGAGUUCAGCGAUUGGCUGCCAGCUCGGCGAAGACACGCACGGCGUCAGAGUGGUGGUGGUGACUGCAGACAAAGUCAUCCACCGAUACCAUAGCCUGGAGCAACUGAGGGACCGAGGGAUGGACGAGGACCUCAGGAAGCUCCUUCAGGCCUGAGGGCCAAAUCAGGAAACAUCAGGAACACUCGGCUUUGACGUGUUUGUGUGUACCGUUUUGUUUUGUCUCAGACCUGUGCUCUUCGAAACAUAACAAGAUGUUUAGAGAGAUACAAAUAUGGAAAGCAAAAACAAGAUUCGAAGAUUUACCAUUGACAAAGUCAAAUCACUACUUUUUAUACUGAUGAAUGUCCUAAUCUCCAGAAGUUCCCGUGUGCUCCUACACCCCAAGCUUUUAAUAUAAAGCAGCUUGGCCUAGCUUCCUAAUCUUUACAAUAUACCUAUCUGGCUACAACUCCACCGUCAUGGUCAUGGAAAGAGAUCUGGAGUAGUUGGUAAAAACAAUACCAAAAGGAUCCUGUUGGACUUGGACAAUGGAGCUUUGGGAUUAGCACUGACUGAUAGUUAACAUCGGGUUAGGUUAUAGAGUGGAUCUUGUUGAACGAUAUUCACCAUUAAAGACACUUGGGCGUGUUGUGAACUCUAACGCAGUUAAGGCACUAAAAUGACUGUUGGGUCUCAGUAGCAGGUCAUGGUUUGAGUUAAGGUUGGUACUAGCUACAGCUGACAAAGGAGUCAACUUUUGAUCGCUUAAUAUCUAACUACUUUUGUAAUCCCAAAUUCACAAUUGUAACUUUUCCUCUCAUAACGGUUUUAUCCUUAUCAAUAAUGCAAACUAGUUUUUAUCACUUUUUUAAUUGCUAUGCAAAUUCAGCGAAGUGCACAGUUAGCAUUAGCCCUUUUCAGGAAAUCCAGUUUGGAAGCUUUCUUUGUUUCAUACAGUCCUGUCCCCACGAAGAUGAAGAAGGAUGACUUCUAAGGUUAUGAGAUGUUUUUUAGGGACACUUGUUGGGCCUGAUGUGUCAAAAGCACACUUCAUGCUCAGCGGCCAUAAUUCCCCUUCCAAAAACAAAGACCUUCAAAUGCUUGUGUUCAGGACAAAGUUUGCAAAGAGGGAAAUUGUCCUGUAGACGGCGCCAAACAUAAACUUUAUUUUUGUUGAAAUAAAAUGGAUUUAAAUGUUAAAAUUUCAGGCUGGACCGCUAGCCAAGCUGCUUUAUAAGAGAAGUGGAAAAUUUUAGAUUUAUGUUGAGGUGUAACUAGAAAUAAGAGAAAAGCAGUAAAUGUUUGAAACUAAAGAUGCCUCAGAUGUACAGAAUCUCUUGGUUAAAUUAAGCAAAGUGUAUUUUCUUUCUCGCAUCUGAAUGUUUCUCUCCUCCAAGAGCCCCUCUUGGAAAAUUGGAUGCCAUCAUUUCUGCAGCCUCUGACUCAAGCGAGGAAGGAACAGUGAGUGUCGGCUCAACACUAGUGGUUCUUAAAUGGACAAACCUCUGCACAGUCUCAUAGCAAACAGAGACCAACAACCUUUCUGUUGAAGCAGUGUUAUCAUUUAAGUUCAAAGCAAUACACUCUGUCAAGUCAGAUUUUGUAAAUGUGAAUUUAUGCAAAACUUUUUAAAGGAACAUUCCACCCUAAACAUUGGGACCUCAUUACAAACAGCUACAGGGGGCACUCUCUUCCUGCUUUUUCUUUCGUGGUACAAGAGAUGUGGGAACAUUUGAAAAGAAAAUAAGAGUAUAAAGAAAAUAUGAGUACUGUAACAAAAUCUAACUCAUUUCAGCGCUUUACUUAAAAACAAUAAGUGAACCGCUCUGUCGUCAGCAUGUUGAUUGUUCUGUAGCAUUUUAAGCACAUAAAAGGGUGACAUUUUCCUUUAAUGAUCCAAAAAUAAUCCAGCUAGUGUAGCUCCUCCUUUGCUUUUGUUGCUGCAGUCUAAUGCCUUGUCAGCCAUCCUAUGCAAACUAAUCACAUUGAUGUAUUGUACAUGUGUGUUUUUAUGUUUAAUGUGAUGUGUUGCUUUACUGCCCUGGAAGAUGUGGAAGUGCAAUCUGACCUCAGAUCAGACCUCAGCUGUCUGUUCGUAAUCCUCCUCACUGCCUCUGCACACAAUUCUGAGAGUAAAACGGUUGUUCUCCACAGACAGUAUUCUAAUUAACAGUGACUUUGAAUGUAUGCUGACUAGAGAGAGUUUAUUCUUAAACUGUUCAUUAAAACAAGAAAAAUAACUCUGACUAAAUCUGAUUUUGAGGUUAUAAUUUUAAAAUCUUCACAUUUUUAUUAGUUGGGAAAACAAUAAAAACAAGGCUUAACAAAAACAGAAAAAAAUCAAACUGAAAUAAGAUCACAGAGAGAAAAACCUUCGUUUUUGUCUUUGACACACAGAAACACCCUGGAGCAGCACCAGGAGUUACAUUUGGGUCAGACCUGUUAACAACAGAAGAUGAAACUGUUUCUCUUUAUUAUUCUAAAGGGUACUUUCAAAGAGUUUGCUUGCGGUCUUUCUGUGAAACACGAACAAGACAACUUUUUGUUCAACCGAAGACUAUAAAUUUUCUGAUUGAUAUGAAGUGCAGCUGCUGUUCUCAAAAAACAGCUCUUUGUUUAUAUUAAUGAUAGAGCAGGAGAAGAUUGGAGACUGGUGAUCCACAUGGACUUAAACGGAGAUUAACACACAUCCUGUAAAAGUUAUCCAUCUUUAAUCGAACUGAUACAGGGAGUAUGAAAAACAAUAAUAAUCUAUUUUAUAAAGAGGCCUUGAAUAACCUUAAAAGUUGGCAAUUGUAAGCAUUUGAACUCCAGUGUCUUUUUUCCAUCCCUCAAAUGUCCUAAUCCAUUACUGCUGCAUUACUUUAAUGCGGAUAAAUUCUGUAUCCAUUCAAUUCCCUCAUGCUGCUUGUUUAUACAAGCGUAGCUCAAACUGACUGCUGCUCCUUCACUGCGAUGUUUCUCUGAUAGAAAUAUUUCAUCAUUAUAUCUGAGUUGAAAUCAAAAUUUAUGACGCAACAUUUUGGCGUAUCAAUCACAUCUAAUGGCUUUAAUCUGCUUGGUAUCCUUAGUGUGAACUUGGCACACUCAGACGCCUGCAGUAAAUAAGACAAAUAAAGUGCAAUCUGUUGUUAAAUGAGGAACUAAAGGACUGUUGUCAGACUGAUAAAACACAGUGAUCUUUGUGUGAUUAAUGGUGGGAGGUGAACAGUAUUUCCUGAGUGUUUAGUCAUUGCUGGAACAUCCUCACAGGGUUAGCGUUGGCUAGCUGCAGGCUGAUUUGGAAGCAGAGUCCUGAAAUUGUCUUUAAAAUGGACAUUACUGCAAGAAAAUGACUCUCCCAGUGAGCCCCAAAUGACUCUACUCCAUUACACUUUACACACACACACACACACACACACACACAGAAUCUAACUCGUACCCUGUCUGAUUUGGGAAUUUAAGGGAGUUGUCAUGGCAACCAUUUAGCAACACAUCUGUGUGUCUCUAAGAGAAUCUGGGAGUGUUGGGAUAAAGUGAACCCCCACUCCCCCGUCUGUCUGUGAGUGUGUGUGGUCUGGUGGCUACCGUAGGUGAUUUUCCAUCAGCGUCGCCAUCACUGACCUCAUUUCACACUGACGGAUUCUGUCUCUUUUCUAAAAAGUCGCCAUGUGAUUGAGGGGUGGGGGGGUGUCUGAGGGGAAUGGAUAAUGAGUGUGAAGUGUAAAAGACGACUCAGUCCAUCUCCUUCAUUUCCGGUUCGAGAAGGAACCUUAUGUCCUUAUCUAUUUUUAUAUCCUCAUGCUAGCCGAGCUCUGUCACAUUGUUCCUUAUCUGCUCUCUGUGUGCGUGUGUGUGUGUGUGUGUGUGUGUUUCAGAGCACAUUUGUUCUAUGAAUUGGGGAACAUCACACGCUUUGACUUGUUGCUGUGUUCAAUUCUAAUGAAUGAUUGUACCGGGCACCAUGACUGUGACAUGAAUGGUUGAGUUUUUAUAAUAAAUGUUGAUUUUAUCUUA